AUGGACCCUCAGAAUACUGCUAUGUUAGGGCUGGGCUCUGGUUCUGAAGGGUUUUCUGGGAAAAGCCCCUCUGCAGUUGCCACAGGCGCGGCAGGAGGCAGGAGGGAGGCGGAGCUCGAUGGUAGUGCUAAGGAGGAGGAAGAGAAGAAGAAGAGGAGCUCGGAGGGGAGCGGCGGCGAUGAAGUUGGCAAGGAUGAGAGUCUGUCGGAUGCCCAGCAACAGUUUUCUGUGAAGGAAACAAACUUUUCAGAGGGGAAUUUGAAGCUGAAAAUUGGCCUGCAAGCCAAGAGAACUAAGAAACCCCCUAAGAACCUGGAAAACUAUGUCUGCCGGCCUGCAAUAAAGACCACUAUUAAGCAGCCCAGGAGGGUGCAAAAGGUUGGGAAGAUGAUGGAGGAGAAGAGCGACCCUGGCCCUGCAAAGCAAGUGAGUCAUGUUUGCAAUUCUCAGAUCUGGGAAAGGAGUGGGUGGGGGAAAACAGAACAAAAAUGGUUACAGGUGCUGGAUGCCAGUAGCUCCGCAGGCACCAAUUAUGCAAACAGAAUUUGAAAUCAAGGGCAGAAUUUAACAUCUGGAAAAACCUUCCAAUUUCCCCCCCUAUUUUUCUUUUUUAAGAGAUGCGGAAGAAGAAAGAGAGCUCUAAUGGAGCCUUCAAUCUUGCGUCACCUUUAAAUCUCAGCCUGUUGCGUGGGACCCAUUUCUUUUUCAGGAUGAUGAUGAUUAGUGCAACGCCACACACCUUGCAACCAAGCACACAAUGUAGCCUGUUCUACCUGCUACGGUAGAAUGCUUAUUUGAAGCCUAGUUUGCAGGGGCUGGGGAAAAGACCCUGUGGCUUUCAGGGAAUGCCUCUAGAGAUCCUGGUGUGCCUGUAGAGAUCCUGGUGUGCCCUUGCCCUAAUGAGUUUAGACCAUAGUCUUUGCUAACUCCUUGUAUUUACUGUGGCUAUGUUAGUUUGGUAGUGACAGGAGUAGCAGCUGAUUUCAAAUUCCAUUUGAAAAAUUCCAUUUUUCAAAAUGAGCGCAAAAGUUUGGGGAAACUAGGGCAGCCUGGCGAAAUCUGCCAUGUCUUCCCCAGCUUUUUGGCACUUUAGAAUUAAUUUUGGUUAAAUUGCUUUCUGUCAGUCGUCGUCCUAGCUGAUGUUAUUCCAUGUUAGCUGGGCCAUUUGUUGCCAGCAGCUCCUUCUUCAGAUUCUGCUACUGGAUGUAGCAGAGUAGAGCCGCAACCUAGUCAUUGUAGGAGGUCACUGUGGCAUCUGUUUGGCUAUUGUGAGCCUUUGGAUUGAUUUUACAUUUUUAUAAGAGGGCAAAAUUCUUGGUUUCUCAGUUCUUACAUUGUGGAGUAAUUCUUUUAUUUCCCCAGGGGUUGAUUUGAGUGUUGGCCUUAUAAGGGUAGCGCCAGAUUAGGAAUUGUGGGGAAAGUACAACUCUUGCACUUGUCCCUUGCUGGCUUUGUCUGUUCUUUCCCUCUCAUUUGUUGAGAUUUAUGUAGUAAAUUUUCUAUUCUUUACUCUGUGAGGCAUCACGAGUGCUAAUGAUUGGGGCUGCAGAGUUCAGCCCAUUUAAUCCAGCCUCCCCCAAUUUAUGUAGUCCUCAUUAUUCCUGACAUGCUGAUUAGAGCCAGUGGGAACUGAAAACAUCUGGAAGGCACUGCAUUGAGAAAGGCUGACUUAAAGUUUUGAUUGACUCAAAAGGUGUCCCUAAUUAAUCAAGGAGGAAUUCUUUUAAAAAGGGUGCAGAUGUUAAGGGUCAUCUUAGGAAGUGAUAGUCCCCUGUUUCUUGUGCAUAGGAGGGAAUACCUCUUUUAUGAUGAGACAUGUGUCCAUCACCUGAAAAUAAAAUGGAUAUUUUUAUUUACAUCUGUUGCGCAUGGCUAUGGAAACAUAGCUGAUCAAUCAAAAUUCAUAGGAUUGAUCAAAUGAGAUCUUUAAUUGGGCAACUGUUCUAAGAAUAAUGAUUAUAAUUACCAUAUGGGGGAUUUAGCAUAAUAAUAAAAGACAAUCAAUAUAAGAACAAACAAAAUGCAAAUUGAAAGAGAAGACAGAGAUCUAAAAGGCCUGAGAAAGGAAAAGUUUUUAUACUGAUGUCUAAUGGAUUGGUUUGUGAUCGCAACUUCCAGGCAGGUUGCUGUGAAUAUAAGUGAUCAUUUAGGAACCUGGAACCUAAAUUGUUAAUUACACACAGCUGCAAAGAUCGGUGGAACUCCUUUUGCUUCAACUAGGUUGGAAUUCUCUUCCAGAUUUAUAAUCCCUGCACACACCUUUAUACUGAUCCUUUAAAUCAGAGCUGGGGAAACCUCUGGCACUCCAGAGGUUGUUGGACUCCAUCAGCCCUGGAUUGGGGAAGGCUGAUCUAGAUGUUGUAGGCCUAUAUUUUCCAUCAGUCCCUAGCCAGCAUGACCCAGUGGUCAGGGAUUCUAGGGGGUCUUAGUUCAGUGACAUGUGGAGUGCGUUCAGUUGAGGAAGGCGGCAUUUUAACUCUAUCAGGUAGAUAACUAUUCCCAGCAUAAAUUGGGAAGUGUGAGGUCAGACCUGCCCUGCCAUGAAGAUGGGUGAAGCAGCUGUCCCAAGGCUGUUCAUUUUGGGUGUCAUGAAAAGACAGCAACUAUCAAGUUGUUAGUGAUAUUUAUCCCUGGGGGCAUAGCUGUCCUGUUUUUUGCCUCAGGCCCUGAGGUGGAAUUUCCUAAUGAGACUGGAAGUUGAACCCAGGGUUUGUGUGGUACAAAAGAGUAAUUUAAAGGGAAUGACAUGGGCCCCUUUCAGUUUGUUUAAGAUACACGUUCCAGUUCUGGUGAAGCAAGAGGUAUGAUUAUGUCUGAUCACUGGAGGGGCCAGAAAAGCUGAUGGAAGGAAGUAUGUGACCUGCUGUUUCAUUGUUGUUGUCCUUAAUUGCUCUUGUAAUAGUUACUCAAAUACUGCAUGAAGUUUUGCUCCUGGAAUUGUUUUUUUAAUGGAUAACUUUGUCCAGGUGUAUUUGUGCGUGAACAAUGAUUGAAAGAUAAAAGUGCCAAACUGCAGCAUUUCAAUACAUUGCUUUGGGGUUUUUUUCCUGGCUGUGUGUUUAAUAUUGGAGCUGGCAGAAAAUGGCGACAACAUGCCAUAAUUCUUCUUAUUUUUUUUAAAGUAAGAGUUGAUCAGAGUUGAUUCAGACUUUGUGAGGGCUCAUAUACAUCAUGCAGGAAACCAAGGCUGUUUCAGAGGUUUGGUAUCUCCUGAAUUGGUGUUGUCAGUCAUCAUCCGCUCUUGUUAACCACUUAUGUGCACAGAGCAUCUUGUUGGCAGGCAUUCUGUAGCUACCUUCUGUGCAGUAGAUAUACUAUUUAUCCUAAGUUGUCAGGAAUCCAUCAUUAUUUGGGACUCUUUUCUUCACUAGUCCGCCUGGGUUAAUCCAGUAGUUAAUUUCUAAACUGGUCAUUAUUAUGGUUCAAGCUUAGCUCUCAGCAACACCCUCUGAUCUAGAAACCAUGCCCCUCAGUGGGGACAGAAAUAUACUCUGUAUAUGCUUAGAAGUGCCCUCUUAGUGAGCCACAUGUUACAGGCUGGGCCCUGCUUCAAAAAACUAGGACAGAAGCUGUAAGGCAAGGGCAAUAAUCUCCAGAGCACUGGCAGUGUGGUUCUUUCAACCACGAGGACUAGAAGCUUGCCUUUUUUAAUAAUAAAAAUGAAAACAUUACUCUCAGAAUGUCGCCCAUGUUUGAUGUUUGCACAGUGGGAAUAGCUCAUGUGCCCAGCCCUGUUUGUGCUUUUAUUACAGUCCAUGCAGGCUGCUUUUUAAAUCUGUGUACCAAUGCAUCUGCCCAAAGCCUUGCAAAUAAAAAGUAAAAAAUCCCUCCUUUGUCUUUGUUUGUAACAUGCUCAGCCACUUGGUAGGUAUUGGUUGGGGUUGGAUUUCUUUUUUUCUUUUUUUCUUUUUUUUUUGCGCUUUCCUGGGAAAUCAGAAUCCAGAAGCUGCAGCAGCAGAGCUGUUUGUUGCUCGAGGCGCAGAUGGGCAAACACAGCCACUGGAAUAUUCUACCUAUUUAUAGCCAAGCAGCGUUGAUACUAUUCCGGUCUUGGAGAUGAUGUAGAGUCACGAAGGUGACAGCAACAAGCUCCACAUUGACAGCUGUAGUGUUGAUGCAGUUAAGACAAUGGAACAAGAUGGAACCUUUGCUUCUGUUCUCUCAAAGCUCUCCGUUUCCCCGAGAAACUGCUGAGCACAGGUAUCCUUCCGAUCCUUGCAGUGUCCUUGGCUAUGCAGGUGAAUGCUGCAGAAGGCUCUCCGCUGCUGAUGCUGCUUCUAGAAAAUUACAAGGCAAAUGGUGGUGCCCAUACAUGAAAAAGGGACUUCUGUCCUUCAGCUUUUGUAGCUGCUGAGGGAAGAAGAGGGGGAGGAAGGCGUGAGUGGGAAUUGUGUUUUAUUCACAGCUAAAGCUCUGCCAUGACACCUAAACAAAGAUGGUUUGAGAGUUCUCUCUCUCUCUCUCUCUCUCUCUCUCUCUGUGUGUGUGUGUGUGUGUGUGUUUGCAUACAUGCAUUCAAAGAGUCAGGGGGCAGGAAGAUGCCAGGCUGUAAUAAACUUGGACUUGUGCGCAGAGCUAAUCCUAAAAGUGUGUUCUGUAGGAUGCUGUAGAUUUAAAGGUAGGCAGGGUGAGGCAACCAUCUUGGGCAGCAGAUGCUGGGUGCCAUUAAGAGCAGCCGAGAGUGAGAUACACAGGCCUGAGCCCAAGGGGCCACGUUCUCCUGGGUAACUCUCCUAAGCAAUCCCCCUUCAUUUUAAUAUGGCUUGUGCGGCAGAAUUUCCCCAUGGUUGGUGUCUUAUGAUGGCAUGAGUCUGGGCCCCAAUUCAGAUUUUCUGCCACCAGUACCAGAAAGCCUUUGGCUAACACCCCUGUGCAGAUUUCAUUCCAAUCCUGCUAUUGACAGUUUAAUAAAAAAUAAUAAUAGUAAUAAUAAUAAUAGUAAUAAUAAUAAUAAAUUAUUAGUAGUAGCAGCAGUAUUCAUCAUUUAAAUUACAUCAGGACAGGGAAACAGCACUGAUUAAAUGGCAUCAUAGACUCCAGUAUGUUAGAAGCUCAGAGGGGGCCACAGCUCAUUUGCAUGCUAUUUCCAUAGGGCUCCGUAGAGCUUUUCCUGGCAUAGAAGGGAAGGGAUUGCCUCCUUUCUCGAUAAUGCAGCUGAAUAUUGGAUCAUAAUAUUUCACACUUUAGAGUGUUAAAUGUAAAUUGCAAAUGCUCCCUUAAUUUUUAUAGCAACCCUAUAAGGAAGGUCAGUUUUGUUAAUCCCUAUAGUUUGGGACUGAGAAUGAGAAUAUGUGUAGGUAUUAAUGUGUUUUCAUCCUGCCCUUUCUCCAAGGCGCUAAGGUCACUCAGUGAGCUGCUUGGCCAAGAAUCUGUCCCUCCCCAAUAGCAGUCCAAUAGUUUGUGCAAUACACUGUGUUUUGGGGCACCCAGUGAGAUCAAGUUGGAAGUUAGAAGGCUUCUAACUAGUAGAAAUAUGGGAAUUGCCUUGCUGGAUUAGACCUAAACACCAUCUAAUCUUCUAAUCUGGGUUUUUUUACCAGUGUGUGACCAGCCAGGUGCCUCUGGGCAGCAACAACCAGAGCAUGGUGGUGAUAACCCCUAUUUAGGGAUUUCACAUCUUUGCUGGCUAUGUCACAAGCCAUUGUUUUUCCACUCCGCCACCUGUCAAGCCCUGAUGAUGAAGGGAGUUUUCCAGUUGGGGCACCACUGUUUGAAGGUGCCCCAACUGCCUUUCGGCAGCAGUAUCCAAAUCUCCUCCUGUCUACCUUUUCUACUGCAGAGCAGGAAAGGUUGCCAGUUUGCCUUCUACUGCCAAGGGCAUUUGGGCUCCUUGGCCCACACAGCUGCCAAGCUUUGCAUGCGGACCACCAUACAACCACUGGAAUGAUCCCAGUUCACCACUGCAGCAUCACAGAAGGUGGGAAGGGCUGGCCAUCCACCAGGGGGCAAUACCACACUCACCAUGGUGAGGGUAGUUGUUGACACCCACCCCUCUUCUUUGCAUCUGGCAUUCAGCAGAAUUCCAUUGAGUUACUGUGGUUAAGAACUGUGAUAGACUUAUCUUUCAUUAGCUUCUCUUUGGGAAACACUCCCCCCGCCACCUGCAGUUAGUUACUAUAACUGAAGGUAUUGCAGGUGGGACAGGGAUAUGAAGCAGGGGCCAGACAGAUGAAGCAAAGAGGGUUUGUAUGGAGCAGAAGUGAGGAGCCUCUGUCCUACAUGUUGCUGAACUGCAGCUCCCAUCAUCCCUGGCCGUUGGCCAUGCUUGUUGGGGCUGAUGGGAGUUGCAGUUACGCACACAUAGUGGGGGAGGCAAAGGGUCCCCCACAUGUGACAUAAAUGAUCACUGUGAAGGUGUGAUGUGGGAUUGUUUUCUCUGGUCUUGGGAAGAGUUAUGGUCCAGGACUUUGUAGGGCAGAGUAGCUACCAGCCAGUCCAAGUGAGCCUGAAGCAGGUAUGUGGUCCACUCCAAGGGCCAUAUUCUGGCAGCAGAUCAGGAAGUUCUGAGUUCCAGAGUAGAAAUCCCUGAUGGGAGGCAGGAGCCUAGGCAGGCAUUGCCCUCACACCAGUGAUGGGUUGCUUGUACUGGGGAGCAAGUUCUGAGGAUGGUGUUUAUAGGGCUUAGUGGACUGGGAUUGUCCCUAGGGAUCAGCUUGACUUGAGCACCCAGGCAGGCUGGUAACAGCAGCCUUGACAUUGCCCUCAAAGUAUUGAAGUGCCAGCUAUGCUUUCCAUGGAAGCAGAAUGCUGAUAGCGCAGGAGGCAAGACACUGGAGCCAGACCACUAAAAGCCCCAGUUCCAGAGUGGAUUCUGUUUGCUGCCUUAAAGGUGGUCCUUGGCUGAGUGCCUAAUGGCAUUAGGAAUAGGUGGGGCAUGGUUUCCAAGGCCUAUGCAUUGCCCAUGUUGUCUUGGAGAGCUUUCUCCUCCCUCCCUGACCACAACAAGAGGAAGUAAAAUAUUCAAUAUGUGGCCCAGCUUAAGUCUGGAAGAAAAACGAAGCUGGGGGCUGAGAGAACACAGCGGGUAGCACUGCAUAAAGGGGGAAAAACCUGUCCAAACAAGCUCUGGAGCCCCGUUCAGGAUAGUGUUUUUCCCUUGGGAGUGUGCUGCACUCCGCUGAGCGCAUUUACACCGUGCAGAGGCAGGAGCUUGAAGGCUUGUUCCUUUUGCCAUGUAAGGGAGCCCCAAGCACCCUUGGUGGCUAUUUUGGGAAUGAGAAUGGGCCCUUGCUUUUGACUCCAGUGCCGUAGGGCAGAUUGUGGCUGCCUCCUCAGCUGCCUGUUCCAUAUGUGCACGCAAAGGAAGCAGAAACCCUUCUCUCUCUGCAAAUGUAAGGCUCAAGCAAGAAUGUACAUACUAUUGCAGCUGCCGUGGCAAAGCUGGGCUUGGUGCCAGACUCCUCUCCUCUCCUCUCUCUCUGCUACAAAAUCCCUCCAGCGCCAGCAGCUUUCAAAGUAAACAACAGAGCAGGAUCGAGAGGCAUCCACCCUCUGUCUGUCUGUCUGUCUGUCGCAGCAGGGCCUCUAGUAGCAACUGAGCUUGGUUAGGGUUCAAGGCAAGCAGUUGGCAGGAUGAGAAGGGAAGCCCAAGCUUGGGAGGAGAUCAAAGCCUGCCAUGUUCUAAAGGUUGUACGUUAAUUGAGGUGCCUUAAGAGCAGCAGCUGUGAGCCCCCCCCCCCUUUUCCUGGGCAGCAUCCCACCUCAGCCCCAAGACUCACUGGUGGCUUUAGGCAAGCUGCUGUGCUCUCUGCCUCCACUCCUCACCUGCAAAACAGGAUCAUAAUGCUGGCUUACCUUUACAGCAGCCUUUCUUCAACUUGCUGCCCCCCCCCCCCGAUGUUGUUAGACUCCCAAACUCCCAUCAGCUUUAGCCAGCAUGGCCCAAUAGCUGAGAGGAGUUGAACUUCUUAAAAAAAAACUUGUGGUGCACCAGGUUGAGGGAACCUGCGGCUGUAGUAAUAUAAAGAUUGAGAUUCUGUUCUGUGGAACACUCUGAAUGGUAGCAUUUAUUAUUUUUUGUGUUUUAUAUCCUACGUUUCUUCCACGAGGGCAGAGUACCUGGUUCUCCUUGGCAAACUCCUAUCCAGGUACUAAACAGAUGCAGACCUGCUUAGCUUCAGCAAGGUUUUAGCACCAUAUUUAUUCAGGCCAUAACUUUGGCCACUAGCCUUUUCAUGCUUUUGGUCAGGGACCUGCUGUUAGCUCCAAUCUGCAGUAAGCCUAAGAGGUUUAAAUUAUUUAAUUAUUGUGUUUAUAUCUCACCUUUCCUUCAAGAAGCCGAAGGGCAGAUUGUUAAAGUUUUUAUAUGGGCAGGUAAGAGCUCACCUGCUCCUCCAGGCCUUUGGUUUAUUUUAAUUCCUACCUGCUUGUGGGUUUAAAAAAAUGGUUUAAAUGCUUUCUGGUCUUCAUGCUCUGAUAAUUUGUUCAGGUUUGCUUGUAAUGUAACUAUAAACAGUAUUAUAAGUGCUAAUAACCGAAACAUAGGGCCUGCAUUUAAAUUUCUUUAAGUGCCAAUGUUUCUCUUGCCUUUUCUUAGAAGUCUUGAAUAAGCAAAGCAGGUGGUUCUGAUGCCGCUGGUGCAACCUGCUUCAGGCCAGUUGAAAACAGAUGCUCGAAACCCCUAAGUGGUCCGAGUUCAGGGUACGUUAAGGACCACCCACUCCCUUGCAAUACCUUGAUCUCCCAGAGGCCCUGUGCUGAGUGUCUCUUGUUAUCUGAGACAGGACUUUUCAGCAGUGGAGCUCCCUGGGGUAGUUUGUUUGGUCCCCUCUCUGUUGGUGUUUAGGUAGCAAGCAAAGGCUGCUUUUCAAGGGAGUCUUUAUGGAAUUCCUGAGCAUGAGGGAAUGCUCUGCCAAUUCCUGCUUCUGCCUAGCUGUGCUGGUUUGUUUUAUUGGCUUAAUUAGUGACAUGGAGGUUUUUCAAGUGCUUUUUUUUUUCUGUGGAAAAUCUUCCAUUUCGUAACAAUGACUUGAAGCUGAUUGCAAAUAAAUAUAAGGCAGGCUUGGCAAUUUCAAAGCCUUUAGCUUUAUUAAAUGCAUGUAAAAUAAGCAUGCUGAAUUAGGGCAUCAGAAUUUUUUUCUGCAGCAAACUGAAUAUUUUCCAAUGCAAAGUACCCUUAUUUGCAUAGGAAAGUUUUCUGGAAGUCUUUCCAAUUCAGAAUUUGCUGGAAAACCCACAUCAUUGGGAGUUUUGUCAACUUUCUUGGACAUUUUUUUACGGGAAGGAACUUUCCUCCCUUCAUGUUCUUGCCCCACCCUGUUAACACUAAGCCUCCCUGCCAGGUGCUUAAAAUUACCCCACAAUGGAUGCUUCCACUGUAGCCUUGUUUCAUCAACAUAAUUACUUGCCUUUUAUUUAUUACAUUAGCACCAUUCCCAAGGUGUCAGAUCAGCCUACAUUUUGCUUUCCCAUUUUGUCCUUGACCCCACUCUGUGCAGAAGGUAGGCAAAGCUAACAGGGAGCGUGAUUUGGCAAAGAGCUGCUUAUGGCCCAGUGUGGGAUUUGAGCCUAGGUCUCCACACCUUGGGCCAAAGUAGCACCUUGCGGUGCUCCGCUUACUGCAAGCACCUAUUAAGCUGCGGGCCAUUUAGAUCAUUCAUGCAACAGAAUCAGGAGUGUGGCAGAGUGCCAGGACCCAUAGAUUCAACCCUAUUUCACACACAAUAAUAAUUCUGUUUGUCCAAGCUUUUUGCUGAACCUGACAACCAUUUCAUAUUUGAUUCAUCUCUUGACUUUGGUUCCUGGAUCUGCUUUUCUUUAGUUUUUUUUAGCCAGUUUUAUUAUUUGUUGUAAGCCAUCUUAGAAGGCCUAACCAUAAAAGAAUGGUGGUGUAUACAAUAAAUAACAAGCAAGUAGUCUUGAUUUCCUGGGCCUCCCAUUUUUUACUUUGACCUGGCAAGGAACCCGUGUCCCUUUUAAUGGCCACUGUUCCAUUAGCCGGCGCUUGCUGGCCUGCCUGCUUACCCUCUUAGUUGCCUAUAAACGCCUGCAGCUAUUAACCUGCCGCUGCUCUACCAGCACAUCCACCCUAACUACACAACCAUGCACCCUGUGUGUUUCCUUUCCUGGUCUCUUACACUUGCUUGCAUAUACUAAAUCAUGUCUCCAGUCAGCCGACGAGCUCCUUGGCAGAGCAGGGGCUGUUUCUCUGUGUGUUCUGGAAAUCCCCCAGUGUGCUUGAGGUGCUGUGAAUGAAAAAUUAAUUACUGAAAUGUAUGAAUGGAAGAAUUCCUUUGAGCCAAUAAAUUGUAUGGUCCUAGUAAUAAGGGAUGGGCAUGUUCUCAAAUAGUGAGAGAAAUGUGAAAAGUGGGUGGGGUGAGUAAUGCAAUUCUUAACCAGCAUUGGAAAGGUCCCAAGUACUUGGUUUUCCAAACUUCUCAAAGCUCUGGUUGGCAGUUAGUGUGAGUGUGGGCAAAGGCUCUAACCCCUGUCUCCCACCCCAAAGUCCCCAGCCAAGGAGUCUGUUGAGCAAGAAUGGGGAAGCCAUGGCCUUAUGAAGGCUGAUAGACUGCUUCUCUCAUCAUCACUGACUGUCAGCCAUGCAGAGGGAAGUCCAACAAUUUUGGAGGGCCAUGCCUUCCCCACUGCUGCUGAAGAUAAGUUCUCCCUCUCUAGCCCCCUUUCCCUCCCUAAGAUUGGCAGCUCAGGUGGAGGGGCCUCUAGUUGAUGAUUCCUGUUCUAAAAUAUCUGUAACACAUAGUAACUGCAGUAUUGUCUCAGCUCUGUACAGGCCAUGGUACUUCAAAUUUCUGUUCCUCUUUCUAAUAAUUUAAAUCCUCUCUCCCAGCUGUGCCUGUGAGAAACCACUUAGAUCCCCCAGGUUUUUGUUUUUUUUUUAAGAUGCUAGAUGUUUGACUUGUGCAUGUAGAAACCAAAUUCCACUUUUCUUUGUUGGUACAAUCCGUUCCCCCCAUAUUUGUCCCAUCAAUGCCUUUUUCCCUUGGCCCCCUGGUUUCCAGCCCUGCAGUACUUCACAAACAGAAAUGACCCAUUAACCAAAUAGCAAAGGCCUGUGUCUGUGUUGCCAGUAGAUGGGGUUGGGAAAAUAACAAAAUCUGAUCCUUCUCCUGGCUCACACAGCGUUGGUACCUCAGAAAUAUUUUCCCUAGGCCUGCCAGUGCAAACCAAUAUGAUACAAGGAAUGCAUCCUCCCUUGCUGAUGCCUGGGUGCUUAAAGCUUUUCUCAUUCUUUUUCUUUAAAUGCAUAGGACCCGUCAAAGCUGUACAAGAAGAGUGGAGAAGCCGCAGCGCCGACUGACAGCUCUGCAGCCGAGGGCAGGCCGAGGGAGAGCAGCCCUCUUUCAAAGAAACUUUCGCCGCUGCGCUCCGAAGUGACCGAUUAUGGGAAGUCAGCACUUUCCACUCCGGCCAGUAGUCGCGACCCAGACUCAAAGGACAGAGCUCAGAUUAAUGGAGCACCAACGGUGACAGAAAAACUGGCUCAGCUUAUUGCAACUUGCCCUCCGUCAAAGUCUUCCAAAACGAAGCAAAAGAAGCCCUUCAUGGGAAUUGCUUCUGGAUUUGCUAAAGACUCCGGAAAGAAGCUGCCAGUGGUUGGGGCUGUGACCGUGCCGGCGAGCAAGGACUUUGUAAAGAAACAGCUUGGAAGCGGCACUAUGGGCGUUGCUUUGAGUAACAAGGACUUUGCAAGGAAGCCACCGGGGAUUAGUAGUGGUGCUGGACUAGUCAGCAAGGACUCUGGGAGCAAAAAGCAACCAGGGGCUUGCCCCAGCAUGCCUGGGCUAGUUAGCAAGGACUGUGGGAAGAAGCUACCGAUCCUUGGCUCCCCAAUGGGAUUGGUCAGCAAGGAAAUCGGAAGGAAACCACUGUUGUCUGGCAUGCCAGUUGGGCUAGUCAGCAAGGAUUCUGGGAAAAGGCUUCUGGGGACUAGCAGUCCGGUUGGAUUACUUCCCAAGGAUUCUGGGAAAAAGAUGCUGGGGACUGUUAGUCCACCUGGAAUGGUUAACAAAGACACUGGGAAGAAGCUACCAGGACCAGGCGGUCCAAUUGUAUUUUUUAAUAAGGAUGCUGGGAGGAAACAUCCAGGGUCAGAUGGGCCGAUCGGAUUGGUCAGCAGGGACUCUGGAAAGAAGCUGCCAGGGCUUGGUGCUUCAAGCGGAUUGGUGAAUAAAGACGCUGGAAAGAAGCCUCUGGGGGCUAGCAGCCCAAUUGGAUUGAUUACUAAAGAGUCUGGAAAGAAGCCACCGGGGGUUGGCAUUCCAGCGGCCUUGGCUGCUAAGGACUCUGGGAAGAAAAUGGCAGGGGCCAGCAGUCUGUGUGGGCUGGCCAAUAAGGACUCAGGGGCUUUGAAAGCAGAUGCUGCUCACCCUUCCGUGGAACCCUUCAAACGGUGUUCUGCGAAUGUCAUAAGUCACGAAAGUCCUUUGCCGCCAGGCCUCUUGAAAGACAGUGUGGGCAGUAAGCCUUUUGAGAAGCAUGUUGCAAGGCAGAGUAAAGAAAGCAUCCCGGAAAAGGUAACAGUUCAAAAAGAAGCGUCAGGUGGAGGCAAGGAAGGGGCCUGCAGUCAGCAGGACAGCUCCUCGUCCAGUGAAAGGGGCACGUUUGAAGCACCCAAGCAUGAUAAACAACUGCCCGUGUAUUGCACUUCCCCCGAAUUCAGGACUUCAGGAGGCGCUUCUGAUGUAUCUACAGCCAAAUCUCCAUUCAGUGCUGUUGGGGAGGGGGGCCUCCCCUCCCCCUCCCCAGCCGCCUCUGUCACUGCUUUAACGCGUAGCCCCACAGCAACCUUGGCUCAGUUAGCUUCCAACCCUCUGCAUUUAAAUAGCACGCCUGAGCUCUUAGAAGGAAUUUCCGAGCAGAGUAGCAAGACCCCGUUUGCCUCUGACAGCACGCGCUCAAGUAUGAACCGGGUGCCGAAUCCUGGCUCGCACGCUGCUGGCAAAGGGGUCGGCAGGGAAUUAAACAGUUCCAAAGCUGUGCAUGCCAAUGACCCCAAACCGAGCCCCACCUUAGGCAGGAAGCCCAGCCUGGCAACUGACUCUAACACCCGUGCCACUGUUGCCCCUUCGGUGGUUAGCUUCUCCAGCUUGUUCAACAAUAAGCCCUUUCUAAAGAUUGGUGCCAUGGCUGCAUCAGGUAAACCCUGCCAGGGGGUGGAAGCUCUGAGCAGCAGUGGCGGCGGCCCGCAAGCAACACCUCUGAAGAAAAGGAAAGGAAGGAAGCCGCGCUGGACUAAGGUAGUCUCCAGGAGCACUUGCCGGCCUCCCAAAGGCCUAGAAUUGGGGAGGCCUGAGCUUUUCAAGAACAUUUCUUGCAGCGUGCUGUCAAACAGUAGCCUAGAUCAGGCCAAGCUCUUCAAAAGCGCAGGCCCGCCUUCCUUUGCCCAGCACGAGUUUGUCAAGCGCCAGUUGCCAAAGCUCAGCAAGUCCAGUAGCAUACAGUCCCUCUCUCUGCUCGGCAGCGUCGAGAAGGAGCCGAGCACAUUUUACAGCCCCCACAUGCAGGCUUCCGUUGGGUGCAUCUCGGACGACCUGCUGCCUGAAAUGUACAAGUCCAAAAGGGGCAGGUCGAAAUCCAAAGAGAUGCCUCAUCUGGAGGGCCCCCCGAAGCGGACCCUGAAGAUCCCUGCCUCUAAAGUGUUUUCAGUGCAGUCGAAGGAAGAGCAAGAACCUCCAGUGCUGCAUCCGGAGGUGGAGAUCCCGUCUUUUCAGCAGAGCCUCACAGAGCAAGCUUUCCCGAAGAAGAGGGGCCGUCCGAAGAGGCAGAUCAGAUCAGGGGUCAAGAUGAAACCCCCUGUCCUCUCCGUGGCGCCCUUUGUCACUGCGGACAGUUCCAACAAGCUGGAUUGUGAAAGCGACCAGCGGCAGAGCGAGGAUUUCUUUGAAGUGGCAAGCCCGUUAGAAGGCCCCGAGGAGCCUGGGAAGGCGAGCGCCUGCAACAUGACUGACCUUGAGGUAGAGCCGGACCGCAAGGAGAGCAAGCGCAGCAACGGGCAGCUGAUGAAAACCAUCAUCAGGAAAAUCAACAAGAUGAAGACGCUGAAGCGGAAGAAGCUCUUGAAUCAAAUCCUCUCGUCUACUGCGACAGAACCAAAUAAAGGGAACGUGCAAUCCAAGCUCCACACGACAGUGUCGACCCUCGCUGCCACGUUUGGCUCGAAACUAGGCCAGCAGAUCAACGUCAGCAAGAAAGGAACAAUCUACAUAGGAAAGAGGCGAGGCAGGAAGCCGAAAGCUGUCCUGAAUGGCAUCUUGGCUGCUAAUGCUGACAGCUUGACUCUUCUUGAAAAGUCUGCCCAGCAGGUGACGGGGACGGCGCUCGGACAAGCAGUGGCUCCUUUGCUCCCUUCAGCCACAAAUAACCCUGAGAUUCUUCCUUCACCCGUUUGUUCUCAGUCAUCGGGGGUGAGCGGAGGCCAGAGCCCUGUCAGCAGCGACAUGGGCUUUGUGGAGCCCAACUCGGUGCCCUAUCUGCACCUCCACUCCAGGCAGGGAAGCGUGGUUCAGACCCUGGCAAUGCGGAAGGCCUCGAGGGCCCGGAGGAGGCUCUCCCCGCCGACUCUUCUCCCCAAUUCCCCAUCCCACAUGAGCGAACUCGGCUCGCUGAAGGAAGCCACUCCGUCGCCCAUCAGUGAGUCCCACAGCGACGAGACGAUUCCCAGCGACAGUGGGAUUGGGACCGACAACAACAGCACUUCCGACAGGGCGGAGAAGUUCUGCGGCCCGAAGAAGCGGCGGCACUCCUUUGACCACAUCUCCCUCGUCCCCCCCGAGACCUCGACGGUCCUGAGCAGCCUCAAAGAGAAACACAAGCACAAGUGCAAGCGCCGCAGCCACGACUACCUGGCCUAUGACAAGAUGAAGAGGCAGAAGCGGAAGAGGAAGAAGAAGUACCCGCAGCUGCGGGGCAGGCAGGACCCCGAUUUCCUGGCGGAGCUAGAGGAGCUGAUCAGCCGCUUGAGCGAAAUCCGGAUCACCCACCGGAGCCACCAUUUCAUCCCCCGGGACUUGCUGCCCACGAUUUUCCGCAUCAACUUCAACAGCUUCUACUCCCACCCCACCUUCCCUCUGGAUCCUUUGCACUACAUCCGAAAGCCCGACCUGAAGAAGAAGAGAGGCCGGCCACCCAAAAUGCGUGAGGCCAUGGCGGAAAUGCCCUUUAUGCACAGCCUCAGCUUCCCCCUCUCUGGCACUGGGUUCUACCCCUCUUACGGCAUGCCUUACUCUCCUUCUCCCCUUGCGGCCGCUCCCAUCGGCCUGGGCUAUUACGGGCGGUACCCGCCGACCCUCUACCCGCCUCCGCCUUCCCCUUCGUUCACCACCCCGCUGCCGCCUCCGUCAUACAUGCACACCGGCCACUUGCUCCUCAACCCCGCCAAGUACCACAAGAAGAAGCAUAAGCUGCUUCGCCAGGAGGCCUUCCUCACCGCCAGCCGGGCGCCCCUCCUCUCCAUGAGCACCUACCACCCCAGCGUCCCACCGGAGAUGGCCUACGGCUGGAUGCUGGAGCACAAGCACCGCCACCGCCACAAGCACCGCGAGCACCGCUCCUCCUCAGAGCAGCCGCAGGUCUCCCUUGACAACUUGGCGCCCAGCGGCCCUUCCCGAACCGUCCUGGAGUCCCUGAAGCGCUACCGUUUUGGGAAGGAGGCCGUUGGCGAGAGGUACAAGCAUAAGGAGAAGCACCGUUGCCACAUGGCCUGCCCGCACCUGUCCCCUUCGAAAGGCCUGCUUGGGAGGGAAGAGCAGUGGGUCCGGAGGGAGCCGGCAGAGCCCAACUCCUCCCUGGCUCUGGGGCUACAGACGCCGCUGCAGAUAGACUGCUCAGACACUCCGCCCAACCUGCCUCUGGGGAGGUUCACUCCCAGCUCCGAGCCAGUCAGCAGCGACGAGCACACAAACCUUUUUACCAGUGCAAUAGGCAGCUGCCGAGUCUCCAGCUCUGCUGCCACCGGCGGGCGCAAAAAACUGUCUGAUGGCUCCGGACUCUUUGGCCCCCAGGAAGCCUCGCUCAGCCGGCCUCUCCGGAAGGAGACGUUGCCCCCUAUGGAGAAGGCAGGGCCAACCUUGUCAGGUAAGAGACCUCUUCUCUUGUAUGUGUGUCAAUGCAAUCUUUUAACAGCACCUGGAGUUAGCAAGGCUGAGCCUGCCACCACUUCAGCAUGUCAGGUGGGCGGAAAAAGAAGGUUCUGGGGUUAUGAGCAGUUGUAUGCAAAUCUAGACCUGCCCGGGGGUGGGGAUGUUUUCCAGCCUGUGUUCCCAGAGAUCUGGAGCUUUGAAGUACAUCAAGCAGAGGGGUCUGACCUGCUGACCAGGUGUGUCCAGGUUCAGAGCAGCCUAGUUGAUGCAGAGGCUUCAUGCUCUCUGCCAAAUGAACAUAAGAAACUGCUGUAUACCAGAUCAGACCACUGGUCCAUCUAAAAAGAGAGGAGGAAACUCCCCAUGUUUGUUGUGAGUUUAACAUAGUGGUUUUUUUGGAGGGGGAGGGGGAAGAGAUCUUUACUCGAGCACAUUUUUAGCAACAAAAUAUUGCAGUAACUCCUGUCCCCUGGUCAUCGUUUCAUCUUCUUUUUUUUUUUUUUUGCUUGCCUAUGAUGCUACCCCAGUUUUGUGUUUGGUCCUUGUUGGUUCAUCUAGCCCAGGGGUCUGCAACCUUUAAGACAAAAAGAGCCACUUGGACCCGCUUCCGAAGAAAAAAAAAACUGGGAGCCGCAAAACUCGUCAUUAUAAAAGUAACUUUUUUGUCACUUUUUUUUUAUUUCUUUGUUUGACCCCUCAGAAUUACUUCUCCUCAUAGAAAUAAACGUUAAAUUAACAAGUUACCUUUUUUUGUGUGUGUGUUCUUCACUCCCCUUCAAAACAGUGACCAGCGUACAUGCCCCCUUUCAAUGCAGUGACCAGCGUACAUGCCCCUUACAAUGUAGCGGGCGGGAAGGUGACGUCGGGACGGUGCGUGACUAACGCACGCACCGCCCCAUGCGAUGUCACAGCCAGUACAGCGCCCGCCACAGUGGGGAGUGUCAGGGCGCACAAUGCGCCUCCUCCCCUCGCUAGUAUCCGCCCCGGAGCCGCGGCAAAGGUGUAAAAGAGCCACAUGUGGCUCCGGAGCCGCGGGUUGCAGACCCCUGGACUAGCCCGUUACUCUUGACUUACAGUGAGCCACACUUAUUGGUCCACUACUGCCCACACCAAUGGGCAAUGACUUUCCAGGGUUUCAGACAGGAAAUCUUCCCCAGCCCUACCUGGAGAUGCCAGAGAUUGAAGCCUGGUCUUUCUGCAUGCAAAGCAGCUGCACUAAUACUCUGAUUGGCAGUGGCUCUCCAAGACUUGUUGCAUUUAUGCUUUAACAAUAUUGUUUUAGAUUGCUUAGAUUAAAAAAAAACCUAUAUUAAGCGUUUUAAAACUGUUUUUGUAUAGAUAAAUAAGAUUAAAAUAUUGGGGGAGGUAUUGCCCUUUACCUACUACCUGAGUCGGAGAUUGAACCAAGGCAAAGUAGAAGCUCUGCCUCUGAGCUGCAGUGCCGCCCCCCCCCCAUCAGGUCAUUUGUGUAAGGACCAAUGCUACAUGUCCCUCUUUCCUGGUGUGCUGGCAGCGGGAUAUGUUCUUAGCAAAGGAGAAAAAGGCCUGAUUUUGUAGGGGAGCCAGUGGCAACUGAAGAGAAUCCCAGGACUUUUAUAAUCCUGACACCAUAAAAAUGUGAUUCCAUCUCCUAGUAAUUGGAAAUAAUUAUGUUGAAUGGCCAGUUGCUAUUUCUCAAGAUCAUGCUCUGUUUUUAGAGGGGUAGCUAUGUUAGUCACUUGUGGCACCUUAAAGGCUAAACAAAUCAUUAAACCUUUGUGGUCUACAGCCCGCUCUGCUAGAUGCAGGAAGUGUUAACCUGAGUUGCAAGUACAUAUACAUACAUAAUGGGGCAAGGGAAUUGUAAACAGUGACAUCAGAAGGGGAUUAAGUGUGGAAAGUACAAGGACAAUGAGAAUGUGCAAUAAACAGUGGUAAUUAGCAAAACAGUCGCUGAUGACACAGACAUCCUGGCAUUGGUAAACCAAUCGACACAGGCAGUGUGCUAUUUUGAUUAAUUCCACAUGUGAUAGCAUUGAACCCUUUUAUACGGUGUAAUUCGGCAGUUUCAUAGUGCAGCCUCCCUUUGAAAGUCCCUUUCUUUCAGGGUGGCUACUCUAAGGUCCUUUACAUCAUGUCCUGGGAAUGUCAAGUGUGUGUGUAAGAAAUGGGUUGAAUGUGGGAUUUAUACAUUAGAUAAGCUGUUACAUUCAGAUGGAGAAUUUUUGUCAUUUUUUUAUGGUAUAAAUAUUAUUUGCCAGUGAGUGCUGAAUGACAGUCUCUUCAGUUACAGCAUCUGUUGGUGUCUAUUUAUGGGUGGUUUGCUUUGUUGGAGGAAAUCACUGGAGUUUCUCAGAAAACUAAAUUCACAAUUCCUGUAUAUAAAUGCCUAUUUGACCUUUGCAAAGGAGGUCUUCAGGUUGUGGAAUAGGGAAUUAGGAUGUGCUGGACAACCUAAACAAUGGGAAAUUGCAUUAAAAUCGAUACAGAAUGUUUCUCUGGAUUUGAAAUUGAGACUGAUCCAGCAAAAAUUGUUUCAGAUACAUUGGACUCCACUAUAUUUCCGCAUGAAGGUACUGCUUAAUGAUAGAUCCUGGAAGUGUAAUGCUGAAAAGGCACAUGAUUCAGGCAUGUCCAGUGAUGUGUUCUUUUUGCUCUGAAGCUGUGUAUACAUUUUGUACUUAUGAAGUCUUUUAUGUUCCCAAAUGUUCAAGUACUUUAAAACUAUAUAUUUCUGUAGUAUUGGGAUUAACAGCAGGACAACAAAAGUGGAUGUUGCAAACCCUUGUGCUCGUUAUGAGUCUUGUAAGUCAAGCUUGGAAGUAUAAAGAGCCACUGCCUAUUACACAAUACAUUUAAACAUAUAUUUUUCUAAACACCAAAUUUGUUUUUUGACACCUGGAGGGCUUAUAUCAAUUUACAUGUUUAAGUUUAGUGGAAAGUAUUGAUGACUAUAGGAUUCUCAAUGUGAGCUUUGUAUUGUAUUUUUCUUCCCACCCCCUUUUUAACACAUAUCUUUCUGUUUUCGUCUUCUUUAUUAAAUUGGAUACUUAAACAUAUUUUGGUUUUUAAAAAUGUCCUGGGACGUUGCAAUGUUCCCUCAUCAGCUCUUGAAUAGUGCCAUUUCUGAUGUCAGAGUUUUGUCCAUUCUUUUGCACUGAUUCUCUUUGUUCUUGGUAGAAUGCAGAAGGGCAUUGCUGGCAGAUGAUGGCACAUUGGAAGAUGAGCAGGUGACUGAACCCCCAGUGCUGUGGAUGGCAUUAUUAGGCCCUGUAAUCAUGUUGCCUUAGCAGACAUAGGGACAAAGUUGUCAUAUGAGUCUCCUACAGGGGCUGGUCUCUUUGCCUCUGUCUCUGUUACAUGGUCUGUUGUUGAUGGUGAGUAGCUGUUUUAAGUCGGAGAGUUGUCUAUAAACUACUACUACUACUAUACUAUUUAUAUGCUGCCCAUCUGACUGGGUUGCCACAGCUACUCUGGGAGCUUCCAACAACUAUAAAACCACAGUAAAACAUCAAACAUUAAAAACAUUAAAAUACAGGGCAGCCUUCAGGUGUCUUCUAAACGUCAGUUGUUUAUUUCCUUGACAUCUGACAGGAGGGCAUUCCACAGGGCAGGCAGGACUGCUGAGAAGGCCCUCUGUCUGGUUUCCUGUAACUCACUUCUCGCAACGAGCAUCCAGGCUGAAUGAUGGGGCUGGAGACACUCCUUCAGGCAUAUAGGGCAUUAUAUACAGAUCCACCACACAAGGCUUGUGAGUGAAGUGUCAAGUGUCCAGCAUGAGCUGUACAGUAUUAAUGCUAUGCUUGAGUGUUUUCAGCUGGUAACUCUGUGUGUAAAUGGGCACAAUUCUGACAUCGGAGAUGGCAAUAUUCAGAAGUCAGUGGAGGAACCUUUCAACCUUCCAGGACAUUUUUUUUAAAAAAAUGUUUUUUAUUAAAGAUUUUCCUCAUUCACAAAAUCACAUGCAUUGUCUCUUUCUUCAGGUUGCGUUUUCUACAGAUCAGUUACAUUUGUCAUGAGACAUUGGUGUUAUAUGCAAUAUAGGGUUGGGCAAAAAAGGGGUGGGGAUAGGGGAGAGGGGGUGGGGUGGUAAAGCUUCUGUUCUUUUACUUAGUGUAUAUAUGGAGUUUUGUGUCAGUGUCACUUGGAUAGGUUCUUUUUCUAUUCACUUUUUAUGUUUCCUUGGUGGUAAGAGAGGUUGGGGUGGCCUAGGGUGUGGUUGAUUGUCUUUGGUUAGCUGCAGUAGGAUUUGUUGCGGGGGGGUUGUUGGGUUAAGUUAGCUAUAUUCAGUUGUAUGCUGUCAGUGGGUUUGUGUUGUUGUCUUGUUGGACUGUGUAUGUGUUAAAGGGGAGCCAUACCGGAGUCUUCCAGGACAUUUUGCAAGUGACCUUAAAGUGGACUUUAUGGAACAAAGGAAUUUCAAAGGCAGAUUGCAUCUUGAAACUGCUGAAUUACAAUAUAUCAAGAGGUUUAAUGGUUUCACAAGUGGAAUGAAUCAAGACAAUGGAUUAUUAGCACAUUAUAUAUGUUAAUUGGCUUACCAUUGCCGAAAUGUGCCUGUCUUCAACAACUGUGUUGUGAAUUACCACCGUUUCUUAUGUAACCAUCACCAUUUCUACUUUUCUGCAUUCGUUUUCGCUCUAACCUCACUGUUUACAAUUCUCCCCCUCUCAAAAAAAAAAUAUUAAAGAAAAUCCCAACAACCCACCCACACACCAUGUGUAACUGUAACUGAGGAUGACACUUCAUUCACCUGAUGACUGUAGACUGCAAAAACUUAUGCUGUAAUAAUUUUUUUAGUCAUGAAGGUUCCAUGAAACUCUUCAUGGUUUCUUCUCUAGGCCUGGUAACCGCACUGGUUAAGCAAACUGAGUGACUACAGUUCCCAGCAUCCCUGACCACUGAUUCUGCUACCUAGGAAUGAUGGAAGUUGUGGUCCAAAAACAGCUGGAGACCCAAGUUUGGGAAACCCUGUUAUAAACAAUUCUGCGGGCUUGGUUACUGGGUUGAAACACCAAAGGCACAAGUCAGUUUCUUGGGUGGUUUAAAAAAACCAACCAAAAAACUGUGUUGAUAACAUUUCUAUACAAAACAGAGUCUUGUGGCAUCUUAAAGACUGCCAGAUUUAUUGAGGCUUACGCUUUCAUGGUUCUCCACAAAUGUUUAUGCUGUAAUAAAUCUUUUAGUCUUUUAACUGCCACUAGGCUCCGUUUUUGUUCUUGCCGUAAUAUACUACUAACACCAUUACUCCUCUAGAAUUUGCCAGGUUUGCUAUAGACAGUCUGAAGUUUUUGUUUUUUAACAAGCAGGAGGUAAAUAUUCAAUUUUAGUCAUCCUUUUAGUAACACCCAUGGAUGUCAGUGGACUUAAGAGUGCUUAACAGUGCUUUUUCAAAAAAAAAAUUUGUUCUGCAAGCUAAUUUUUACUCUGGAUCCAAAAUCAGGCUUUUAGACCUUGCUGAGAAGCCUCCACAUCAAUAUCUAGUGGCACUCUUGCUGCCCUUCUUGCACCUAAAAUACCCCCAGAUUUGGCUUGUUACCCCUCCUCUUUUCCCACAGGUUAGGUACCUGGUUCCCCCCAAAGCCCCCAGUUUAGCUUCCCUCUUAGAGGCUGAGUGCGACAUCCUCCCUCAACGGGUUAAGUCUGAAAAGCAGGAGGAGAAAACAGGUUGUGUUGGUUAGUGCAGUUCUGGGAAUUUCCCGAGGAAUUCCAUUACCGUGAGUGAGCUGACUUGGAUUUGAUGAGAAACAGCCUUAAUUAGAAGGAAAACAGACAUUUUAGGCCGAAGCCUGCCGAGUGCCAUCUCUGAAUCAUUGCGUCUCUGCUAGUGCAUUUAAUUGGUGAGUCAGAUGAAAAUGUAUCGCUUUCAGUAAGUGCGCUUCCCACAAUUGAAACCAGCUGUUUUCAUCUGAGAGCAGCUUUCAGCUCUGCGCUUGGCUCGUUCACCUUUCCUUGCCACAUCUCAGGCAUGUUGUGCAGCAAAGGCCCUGGAGGGCUGUGCAUUUAAGUAGCGCCGAGAUUUUGGCCUGCGGCACACACACACACACACACUGUGGAGGCCGUUGCAAGCUUGAUCGCCAAGGCUGUGCUUGGUUUCCUGACAAGCAUGCCUAUAUAACAUCCGACGAGACCCAUAAUUUCACGUGGUGCUCUUUGCAUCACCACCAUUCACUUAGCCAGAAUUAACGCAAAAAGAGAGAGAAAAUCGUCUUCAAGUUUGCAAACAUGCCCCCACUUAAAGCAUCGAUAUACAGUCUCCUCUGUAAUGAGGUUCUGUUUAAUUUAUUUAUUUUGUUUGUUCAGUUAUGCUUAAUAGCCUACUUUUCACGAAUGGUCCAAGGGCAGGUUGCAGAAAUGUCCCAAUUAAAACGAUAAAACAGGUAGAAAUUAUAUUAAAGCCAUAAGAUAAAAUGACAGAACUGAACUAGAAACAGAAUUAGCAAAAGAGCAGCAGGAGGGGGUAACUAAUUUUACUUUCAUAGAAUUGUAGAGUUAGAAGGGACCACGAGGGUCAUGUAGUCCAACCCCCCUGCAGUGCAGGAAUCUUUUGCUCAAUGUGGGGCUCGAACGUUGGUGUGCCUGCUGCCGAUUGGGACUGGUAGAGCAGAAGGCAGAGAUCCUGCAGUAGGGGGAGCCAGAGCCAAUGACAGGCAGAGCCAACUAACAUUGGUUUUGUCUCCAAUCCCCUCCUUGCUUAGUUGUACAAUGGGCAACACUGAGAUUUAGGAAGAGGGAGCCGGUUCGGCAGCUGAUUGAGAGCAGAUUGAAGCUGGUGGGGCAGUGCUUCAUUUGCCGUAAUUGGCCAGCCUCCUCUGGGAAGAAGAAAUUUGACUUUUGGGAAGAAGAAAUUUGAUUUUCACAGCCAUGAAAGAAAAAAAUAAAAAGCCUACCGUUAAGGGUCAAACUAUGGGGGGGGGGUCAACCAUGUUUUUUGUGGUGUUGUUAUUAUUUUUAAUUGCAUUUAUAUCCUACAUUUCCUCCAAGGAUGUUAAAGUGGCCUACAUGGUUUUUCCUUUUCCCCAUUUUAACCUCACAACAACCCUGUGAAGUGAGUUAGGCUGAGAGACAGUGAUUGGCCCAAGGUCACCCAGUGAGCUUUGUGGGGCGAACGGGGACUAGAACCGCGGUCUCCCAGGUAUCAGUCAAACACUCUAACCCAGGGGUCGGCAAACUUUUUCAGCAGGGGGCCGGUCCACUGUCCCUCAGACCUUGUGAGGGGCCAGACUAUAUUUUGGAGAGAAAAAAUGAACAAAUUCCUAUGCCCUACAAAUAACCCAGAGAUGCAUUUUAAAUAAAAGCACACAUUCUACUCAUGUAAAAACACCCUGAUUCCCGGACCAUAAGCCGGCCAGAUUAAGAAGGCGAUCGGGCUGGAUCCAGCCCCCGGGCCUUAGUUUGCCUACCCAUGUCUAACUACUACACCACACUGGCUGGCCGUUGAAAAGCAGGGGCUAGACUCUUCAUUUUUGCAGGAGAAGCUGAACCCGCCCCAGCUUUCUCCAGGGAGUGUUCUCCCUCAGCCUGGCUAGAUGAAGAAUGUUUGUGAUAACUUUAAAUAGGAAGGUGAGAGGGGAAAGUUCAGCUCUUCUCAGGCACCCACUCCUUUAGACCCUCCCACCCCCUGCUUUAUACAUGGGGAGGGGGUGACUGCCCUCACAACAUCUAUUUUGCCUGUCUAGACAUCAGAAACGAUACUUAUGAAAGCAGGGAGUGUGUGAGAUAGCAAGUUUCUGUCCCAUUUAUCUCCCGCAGUACUCUCGAUGUGCAACGGUGCUGAAGGAGAGUUACCGCGCAGCCCGAAGACAAAUUAUCCUUAUUGGGAGCAUUCAGAAGUUUGUUUGUCCAACCUCCCUCGCCAGCUCCACGGUCACCCUAUUUAUAACAGGGCUGGGGAACCUGACUCCCCCUAGAAGUUUUUGGACUACAACUCCCAUCAGCCUCAGCCAGCGCAGCCCAAUGAUCAGGGAUGGUGGGGUUCCAGCACCAUUUGGAGGGUCACAGGUUCCCCCAUCCUUGUUCUGUAUGCACCGCCAUGGAUUCUUCCCUUUACAAUAUGCUUGAAAUUACUGUAGAUUUCAAACAGGAACUCUGUUUUUUAUUUAUUUGGGUGGAAGAACCCAAAGACUUGGAAGCGAAUGCUAACAUGUGCAACACUUCCAUUCUUUAUCAAGCUCAACCGCAGUUUACAUUAAGGACAUGAAUGCAUUGAUCUGUUCACUCAGUGCAGAAUAUUGUUCUGCUUGGUAUAUUUGCAAAGGUUUGAUAAAGGCCUUUUAUUUUAGUAAAACAAUCCUUUCAAAUAACGCACAGUGUUGGAGAUACUGUCCCUAGGCAUUACUUAGCUUUUUGCUACUUAGAAGGAGGGAGAAGAUACAAAAGCUGAAAAUACAAGCCAUCAGCAUGGCAAUAGUAUUAUCUGGGCUUAAGGGGGGAAAGUAUGUAGACAUCAGGAUUAUUAUGCAGAAAUGGAAAGAAGUUCAUAUUUUUCGAGGAAGAAUCUCAGGCUGCUGUUUGUGAUAAGCUGGGGAAAGGAUGAACAACAUGUGUGUGUGUAUCCAAGUUCUAACAUGCUGUUGUGACACUUAAAUACUCUCUGGUGUGUUUCCCUCCCCAUUCCCCCAAAGUUCCAGGUGGAAGAGUACAAGAGACACUUAGAGGUGGGGGAUAAAAAAUGCUGUGCGUGGACUGGGGUGGGGUGUUGAACCAAUUUCUCUGGAUGUCAGUAGAGCAGUGGGAAAAGGAAAACUGAGAAAUCGAAUUUCAUUAAACCAGAUGUGCCAGGUGUUCCUUUCAGUGGAAGGAUGGAUGGGACAGAAGGGAGUGAUGGAGAGAGAAAGCAGCCGUGGAGAGCUCCUCUUAAGUGGUGGUUGGAGCCUUCUGACAUGUUUUUGUAAAUGCUGCCUCUCACCUGGUGGUCUUUUAGAUCAAAACAUUUCCUCUUUCUCAGCUGCAGCACCGGAGUCCAAAUAGAACUUGUCUGCUCUAUAUUCCAUUUUGUGUUCUCCCCCCCCUUUUUUUUGCCUAUUGUUGUUGCCGUUAUUAGACAGAUUUUUUAAAACUUCUGUUCCCCAGAAGGAUCCAGUGUGGGUUACAGCAAAACAAAAUACAGCAUUGAAAACAGUUAAAAAUAAAGUCACUAGGAUGGGUCUUGAAUAUAUCUCAAGUGUCAAAGGCCACUUUGUUAUUAUUGAUGUGCUUGGACUUUAGAAAAAUAGCACAAGAUGCAAAUGGAGGGGAGCCAGGUCUUUGCCCCAAGGCGCUUACAGUUUAAAAGGUGGGGGAGGAAGAGGAAGGAGGAAAGCAAGGGCUGAAUGCAUACCUAGGCUUCAUUUCAGCUGAACACAAAACCACAGGGGUUCAUCUAGUGUAGCGUUUCCCAAACUUGGGUCUCCAGCUGUUUUUGAACUACAAUUACCAUCAUCCCUGACCACUGGGGAUGAUGGGAGUUGUAGUCCAAAAACAGCUGGAGACCCAAGUUUGGGAAACGCUGAUCUUGUGGUUCCUUUUGAUUCUUUUCUGACAUUGGUAAGCACAGCUUAAAAACCUUCUGUUUCUUUUUGACACACUUUUCUCCUUUGCCAGGAAAUCUUCCAGCACAAGACAAACCCUUGCAGAGGCCAUCGGAGGGCACGAGCUGCAGCCCCUCCAGGAAGAGGUCUUCAUCCGAGAGCACAUCUUCUACAGGCAAAUAAACCUCCUGCUGCUUCUCAAAUGAGGAUAGUGAUCCCAUGGGCUUCCAGAUGCUGUUGGACCAGCUCCCAUCAGCCUCAGCAGCAUGGCCCAGUGAUCAGGCAUCAUCUGGAAGGCCACAGAUUCCCCAUCUCUGACCUACGCCUAUGUCCCAGCCAAUCUGGGAUCUCAUAUUAAACACACUUAGAGAAGUGUAUAGUAGGUGUGGGGAACCUGGUGACCCUCCAGAUGUUGGAUGUUGCUGGACUCCCAUCAGCCCCAUCCAACAUAGCCACUGGUCAUAGAUGAUGGGAGUUGGCAUCCAGCGUCAUCUGGAGGGCUAUAGGUUCCCCAUCCCCACUCUAAAAUUCUAUGCUGUGCUUGUUAUUCUGCUAGAUAAUCUAGAAGGGCUGGUCAUGGAUCCUUUGGGCACAAUCUGCUUCAUGGGAGGCAAUCAGCUUUCCGUCAAUUAAAAACCCACCACGCUGGAAGCCCAGCAGAUGCACAGGAGUUGGAUUUCUCAGUAGCCGCUGUAUUAACUUCAAUAUGUCAGCAGUGCGGCUGCCUUGGGUGUUGUCUUCAAAUGAGUAAAAAGUGAGGUAGAAAUUAUAAAAUAAAUGGGGAGUCAGUAGGCUUGUGACUCCUUUUGGAACUCGGUGCUGAAGAAUCACAGAAUCGUAGAGUUGGAAGGAAUCCCAAGGGCCAGCUGGUCCGAUUCCCUGCAGUGCAGGAAUCCUGCCCACAGCCAUCCCUGGGCGGGCUCGAACCACCAGCCUUCUGGUUAACAGCAAGAUGGCAAUAGAUACCGCUCCAUGGUGAAACUUCUAUUCAGAGUGCAUCAGGGAGUACUACAGAGCUCAUCAAUUAAUCCGACUCCUGCACCAGUUGAGUUGUUGUUACUUGUCUUCCAGCUACCACCUUCACUUUAAGGUGUUUUCAGGUGUGCCGCUUUUUAGCAGUCUUUAUGCCAGGUGGGCUGAGUAAAGGUUAAUGCUGCAUAGGAAGAGAAGAGGAAGUGGGUAUGGUCACUUUUGUGGUUGCUGGGCAGCCAUGGAUGUGCCCUAUAUUGCUCCCGGGUCAACCACCCAAUCAAGUUGCCUAGCCAGUGGCCUUAAAAAAUGCACUUUUAGGGUCACUGCAUCAGGGAGACAUCAAAAGGUCCUUCUGCUUGUGUCAUUCUUCACAGGAGGAAGCUUGGAAGAAGUCUUAUUUAUUAUUAAUAAUAAAUAAUAAUAAUUUGAUUUAUUACCCUUCCCUCAGUUGGUAGAGCAUGAGACUCCUAAGCUCAGGGUUGUGGGUUCAAGUCCCAUGUUGGGCAAAAGUUUCCUGCAUUACCGGAGGGGGGUGGACUAGAUGACCCGCAUGGACCCUUCCAACUCUACAAGUCUAUGAUUCUCCCCUUCCCUUCACCCCUAAUGGCUUGGGGUGAGUCACAGCAAUUAAAAAUGCAACACUAAAAACAAAUUACAAAUGUACGUAUUUAUAAAUCUGUCUCAAUUGCUUAUUUUAAAAAUCUCUUAAGCAGUAUGCAACAGCAGCACAAAAAGCAAUAAAACGGCAUAAAAACUCUGUUUAAGCAUGUGAGUAAAACAUCAUAUAAAAAAUUGUAGAAACAGCAACAAUUAAAACAGCAACAAUUAAAAACAGGCCUAAGAGUGUCCUGUCUUACGGAUAAGGGGAAGUCCCAGGUGGGAUUCUCCAUGAAUUUUAGUCCACAUCUGUGGUCAUCUUUCAGUUCCCUCAAGUGAUUAAUGUGACUCCUACUUUUUAUUCAUUUACAUUUAUUCCUGAUUCUCGUCUUCAUCCCCACCCCAUCCUUACUCUAAUUAAACUGAAAUAACCAAAGGGGGUUGGGGAAAGCUUAUGUUGUGGCCUAAAGUACCGUUGUGCUGCCAGUGUGGCUGGGCUACAGCUGUCGGCUGGUACAGAGAGGCUGAGCCGCAGCUGGAAAGAUAGCAGCAGGUGGCAUUUUAAGCAGUUGACACCAUGCGAGACAGAUGAGGAGAGUGAGGUUAGGUUGAGACAGUGUUAGAAUUGGAUUGCGGUCGGGAGGAAGCGAUGUAGAUUGGGAGGGGUCAGAAUGCGAUAAUGAAAGCUGCUGAUGUUGCCCAUCCUCACCGUGAAAUCCUCCCUAGGCACCGUAGCCUUACGAACAACUUCCUUUGUUAAUCAAAUGCUCUCUGGUCUUCCCUGCCUAGCGCUGCAGCUGUUACCAGGCUCAUGCAGUUGGGGUUGCCUGGAUCCUCUUGGAUCGUUUCCAAAAACGGGAGCACCAGUUCAAGGGCAGACUAUCGAGACUCAGCAUCUCCCCCCCCCCCCCAAAGCCACGUUGUGUAGCUGGAUUAGCAUCGGUUAGUGCAGCUGCUUAGGCCCCUCUAUUUCCUCAACAGAUGGUGUGCUUGCGAGGAAUCCCAGAUAAUUUCACCCUCCUCAAAGGAGCACAGUGUGAGGAUGGCCAUACACAACCCUAAAAAAUCAGAAAGCUUUUAACCAGCUUAGGCUGGCUUACCAGCUGCACCCUUUCUUGAAGUAGACCUCACUGCUAUCAUUCAAGCAUUUGUAAUUCCUGAUUAGACUACUGGAAAAGAGUCGGGAAACUUCAACUGGUCCAACUCUGAUACUGCUGGAAUUUGGAGUGCAGCUGGUUGGCUGGAGCACAAUGUUGUUCCAUCAUCAAUGACUAGUUAGUUAGUUAGUUAGUUACUUGCUUCUGGGCUCAGUUCAGGGUACUGGUUGUUAUUUCUAAAGCCCUAGAUCCUUUUGCUACCUGCGUCAGGGUGUUAUCGGUCAUGGCUCCAUUGUUGUGGAAAGUCCUCCCCAGAGAAGCCCACUUGGCCCCAUCACCUACAGUCAUGUGAUUAAAGGCCUGUCUUUUUCAGAAGGCUUUUAAUUAUUGAUUCUGCUGCUGCUGCUGCUGCUGCUGCUAAAGUUGGAGGGUGUGUUUGUACUAUAAGUUAUCCUAUUUCAUCUGCUCAAACCGAUGUGGCAUAUAUGUAUUUAAAAUAAGUGGAUAAAUGAAAAUCCGAACCUGCUUAUGCUUCCUGAUGUUUCUUCUCCUUUUCCAGUGGCCGCGCUUCCUUCACGAAGUACAAGGCUUGGGACUGCAGUGGAAGAUCCUGUGGAUAAUCUACUGCAGCGCAUGGCUCAACAUGAAAGCCAGGGUGCCCUGGACAAGACCCUUGAGGCCGUCAUGACGCACACACCUGUUCUGCCCUCAGGUAGCCCCAGCCGAAGCCCCAGCAGGGAGAAGAGCAGUGGGCUCUUGAUUCCGGGCAACGCGGGUGGCGACGGCAUCUCGCUCCUUUCAGACCGGUUGUUGAGCGGCUACUCCCCCCAUCACCUCAAGAGGAGCAUGGUGGAAGCCAUGCAGUGCCAGGCGAGGAAAAUGUGCAAUUACGACAAGCUUUUGGCCACUAAGAAAAACCUGGACCACGUCAACAAAAUCCUCAAAGCCAAGAAGCUGCAGAGGCAGGCGCGGACUGGCAAUAACUUUGUGAAGCGCCGGCCCGGUCGGCCCAGGAAGUACCCCUUGCCCUCAGUGGUUUCAGUCCACGCCCUCCAGGUGAGCCGCUUUGUCAGCCAAGAACUGGACGGCGGGGGCCAAGGCUGCUUGCUCCACUGCAGUCCUGACACGGUUACUGAUGCCAUAGAAUCGGUGGUUCAGGGGGUUAAUGUGAAAGGCUGGAAGAGGAAGAGGUGGCUAGAGGAGGAGCAGGCCCGGAAAAGGCAGAAGCCUCUACCAGAUGACGAGCAGGAGAGCAAUAAAAGGUAAUCCCUCUACAUGUGAACGCUACUGGUUGGGCUUCAGCUGCACCAGGUGUGGGGAACCUUUGGCCCUCCCAGACUUUGCAGAGCUACAACUCUCAUCAGCCCUAGCAAGUAUUGCCUGAUGGCUGGGGUGAUAGGAGUUGCAGUUCAGCAGCAACUGACGAGGCCAAAGCUUCCCGUAUCUGAGCUGCACAGAAUUGUUGUAGCUGUGCAUAAAAGUUUCUAGUCCUCGUGAUCCAUACAGUAUAAAAUAAAAACAAAGACAGCAUCAUGACCACUGAAGAAGGGAAUUAUGCACCAGCUGACCUUUGAACACACAAAGCUGCAUCAGACCAUUGGUUCUUGGGCCCAAUCUUGCCUACUCAGGCUGGCAGUAGCUCUCCCAAGAUGUCAGGUAAAGGUCUUUUCGACAACGGCUGUCAGAUAUUGAACCUGGUAUCAUUGGCAAGUAAGGCCUUGGCUAUGACUGCCGUACCUGACCAGGUGUCCUCCAGAUGUUUCUGGACUAUAAUUCCCUUGCUGGCUGGGACUGAUGAGAGUUGUAGUCCAAAACAUCUGGAAGGCACCAGGUUGGGGAAGCCUGAGCUGUUGGAGCUACUCUGGGCACAGUUUUGUGCAGAAGCAGCAUACAGAUGAUGAUGACUGGCCCAUCUAGCACAGUAUCAUCUGUUCUGACUGGCAGCCACCUCUCCAAGGUGUCUGGUAGGCAACCAAGGUUAUUUGAACCGGAGAUGCCAAAGACUGAACCUGAGACCUUCUGCAUGCAGAAUGCAUACUCUGCCCCUGAAUGAUGCAUACUCACUGCAUAAUUUUUCUCCUGCCAUACUUGCUGCUGGUCUGCUUACCUUUCCUGGUUUCUUUCCCCCUACCCCCACCUUUCCAGCUUUUCUGAGACAACAACAGAGUCCCCUCCUCCUGAUGAGGCGAUAGUGAAGCCGCGUGAGCUGGAGAAUGUUGAGCAGCCUCUGACUUCCCUUGUGCAGCGUGAGAAGAAAGCUCCGCGCCCCCCAAAGAAGAAAUAUCAGAAGGCAGGGCUCUACUCUGAUGUGUACAAAACCACCGAGUAAGUUGGACCUGCUGAAAUGUCAUAGCCUGCUAGGUCAGUCCAUUACCUCCCCCUGAAUUAGGACGCUUGGAACCAUAAAAAUUGAAAAUGCAGGCCUGCAAUGACACUGCAGACCUUCCCAGGUAACCCUGGUCUGAGAGAGACCUCUAGAAGUCUUGGCCGUGUUGCUCAGUUGCCAUCCUUGAAGGAGCUCAAAGUUAUAAAGCACAUUAAUUUUUUUUUUUUUUUAAAUUACAUCUACAUUUUAAAACUUUCUUUUCUUUUCUUUUUUAGCAAUAACAAUCUCCACAGCUACCCUUCUCUGCCCUUUCAGGUCAAAGAUUAGAUGGAAAGAAAGGGAAGAUAGUAGUGGAGAUAAAAGCAAAUUGGUGCCGGGGGUGGGGAACAUUUGGCUCCGGGAUUGGAAACUUUUGUGAGCACAUCUGGAAUGCUGAGAGUGCCUUGGAUCCAUAUUUUUCUACCAUGUUAUUGAUGGAAAGCACUGGCACUUUUGGGGCCAUUUUGCCCAGGAUGCCUCACUCUGAGCAAAGACCCCUGUGGCCCUUUCUCAAAGUGUCACAGGAGGAGGAAAGCCAUGCAGAGGCAUUGCCAAGGCAAGGCUUCUGUGGAUAUCUGGUAGCGGUGGGGGAGGCAUGUUUGAGUGCCAAUUUGCUGUGACUUCCACCUGAGACAGUUGUCUCAAUUUGCCUUAUGGUUGGGCAGGACCUGCUUUCACUGCCCUAGAAGACUCAUUGCAUUCAGAAGCUCAGUUAUAUAAACUAGGUGGCAAAUGGCUCCUUAAACCAAGUUUACAGUUGCCAAAACAGAAUGUCUAGUUGCAAUUUUGGGUCAAGACCCUGCUAAAGUCUUAUUUUUCAAAUGAUGGACUGGCUGGGAUUGAAUCUCAGCUAAACAUCUGGCUAGUUCAGUGGACAACCUUGAGCUAGGUUAAGAGCUUUGAGAACUUAAAGAAGAAAAGUCGAUCCAGGGACAGCCCACAUAUUUAUUGGCCUAUUAUAUGACCUCUUUUUCUUAAUGGUGACUGUUCCUGCUCGGUCUGGUUCCAGAAAUUCAUUUUGAUUGUGCAGAUAAUAUAUAACCGAUAGAAUUCUACAGGGUGGGGUGAAAUUCUACACGGUAGUGUGUGAAAACAGUUCACAUCCAAUGAUCCCCAGGCAUGCACCUCCAGAUGGUGGAGAUCUCAAGUAUUAUCCUGGUGCCUAGGCAUCUUCACUUGAUCACAAGUGGUCAAAAACCAGGUGCAAAAUUCGCCCAGUGCCUGGCUAAUUUCAGAUACAGCCCCUGAGUGUCCCACUUUAGCAAACAUAAUGCUGCACUCUGAUCCAUUGAGAAAAUGAGAGUGGGGUGUGGUUGUAGCAUGUGGAAGAAGAAUUUCACAAGGCCACAGGGACAGUCGUGAUCUUCUGACCGUGUAGCUUCAUGUGCUCAUCCUGGCCAGAUGGCAGACUGAUAUUGGGCUGGUUAGUCCAGAGAGACACGAAAGGGGAAGCCCCUCUUUAUGGUUCUCUUGAGGCAGGUUUUGGGAAUCAGCUGCUUCUAAACAACUGCAUAAAGGGGCACUCGGAAAUUGGAGUACUUUCCUCUCUUUUUUUUUUUUAAAUGAUAUUUAUUAAAAUUUCAGAGAAAAAAGGAAUUACACAAAAACAAAAAGUAAAAAUACAAGAAAAAUACAGAAUAAAAGAAUAAAAGACUUAAAAAGGAAAAAAAAAGAAAAAUGGACCAAUCUUUCCAUAGUUUACAUUCAUAUCCUUGUUUCCUUGACCUCCUCAUACCUCCCUUUUUUGUAUUCCAGUUCAAUUAGUUAAGUCAGCAAUUUCUUUCCCUCUUUGUUUUCUCAUGAUCCUUUAACUUAAUAUACUGUAACUUUAAAUUUUCAUCUGUUAUCAAUCCUUUUUUACAUACACCUUUAUAGCAUUACUGCUUAAACUACCUAGCUUCAUUCCAACAUCAUUCUAACAUUCAUUAAUUUUGCAAUAUUUCUGUAAAUAGUCUUUAAAUUUCUUCCAGUCUUCUUCCACCGACUCUUCUCCCUGGUCUCGGAUUCUGCCAGAGUACUUUCCUCUCAGUCCUAUUUAACCGGUUUCCCGAACAGCGCAUAGCAGUGCAGCCCCGUUGAGUGACUGAUUUGCCCAAGGUCCCAUUUUCAGGAGGAAGUGGGCUGAGGCCCAGUGGCAAAUCCUGUUGCCGCCGGGUGUGUGUUUGUAACAUACCUUGAGAACAUAGGGAAACCAUUAGAAUAUGAUUCACAUCAGGUUGGCACGUUUGGACCCCACCAUCCCCGCAACAUGAGUUGCUGUAGUUUUCAUACACCAGUUGGCACAAACCUUGGUUUUUUUGAGCAUGCAUUAGCCCAAGGGAGACAGCCAGUGCAGGCAUGCCGUCGCUCUGGGAUGCAAUCUGAUGCAACUUUUCGUCUCCUCUCUGGAGCCCACACGCAAAAUUCCUGAAUGGUAGCCAAGUUAAAGAAUACUUUGCUCACAAGAUGUGUGACUCAUCAGCAUUUCCUUUCCUUUUUUGUUUAAAAGACGGAUUGGAAGCAUCUCCUCUUAAGACCAGGGAGCGGCUUACUCUCCUGAGAACCCUUUUGGCAGCUCUGUUCGCUCUCAUAAAUUGCUUUUCCCCAAGUGAGGAAGAAUUUUGCCACUUGGCCUCUGAUUGUUCUUUGGCGAUGGCAGAGUUUUCAGGGAGAAAGGUGUUCCAUGGGAAGUGAACUGAGUCUGGGAUGAAUUGUUCCUGCAAAAGUAAAAACACAGGGAGCUUUUAGCGGUGCAUUAACCCGAAAACAUAUUCUCCUUUUGUGAAAGAUAUGCAAAUUGGAAAUUCCUCAGGGUUGCAUUAAAAGGAAAAACAAACCAAAAACCAUGCACUUUGAAAUCACAUCUCCUUAAAAAAGAUCCUAACAUUGAAAUGACACAUUAUAGACACAGACAUUCAUAGAAAUAAAAAUACCAAAUCUUUAUCAGUCAGCCUUCUGUUUCCAAAGGCAACUAUGUCAGCAUUUCACAAACACUUGAGCAGAAUUCUGAUAUUUGAAAUGCAAAUCACUGUAUUUUUAAGUUAUUGAUGAGGAUAAGUCUCAUCAACAUGAUAUUUAUGGCUCCUGAUGAAGAGUGAGUGCCGGGGAAGCUCUCUUUUCUUUGGUAAAAUGAGCAAACCUAAGGCAGGCGCUUUCCAUGUGUUCACUUAACACUGAUAUGUUGGAGGUAUCCCCAGCAUUUAUAGGUAGGGCUGGGAGAGACCCCUGCCUGACACCUUGGACAGUCUCUACCGAUCAGUAUAAGAGACAGUGCUGAGCUAUUUGGACCAGUGGGUCUGUAUCUGGAUAAGGCAGCUUCCCAUGAGAUAGAGCUCAGCAUCACAAACGCAGACCAUAAAAGCUGUUCAGUGGGGAUAAUUGCGGGGUGGGGGGUGGAAACAGGCCUCUUUGCUUGAAAGUAAGGCUGUUGUGUAGAUAAAGAAAUAUUGCUUCAUUGAUUUUAUUUGGUUAUCAGAUUUAUUACCUGCCAUUCACAUUAAGAUCACAGGGCGGGUUGCAAUGGCACAAAUAAUGCAAUUCGAAACCAAAUAAAAACCUGAUAAAUUAACAAUUUGUAGGUAGAUAACAGAAAUACUUUUCAGCUGUCAAAGGCCAGGAUAAAGAGAGAUGUCUUCAGCAUGCAAUAAAGCAGAAGAACGAUGACACUAGAUGUAGCUCUACAAGGAUGGAAUUCUGUGGUUUUGGCGCUGCCACAGAGAAUGCUCUCUUGCUGGCUGCCAGCCUCUGAGACUGGGAAGAUGGCAGGGCAACUGUGAGGGCCCCCUCCUGCCGAUGUUAAUGGCUGGGAAGGUCUGCAGGAAAGGAGGUGGUCUCUCACAUAUUUGAGACCUUAAGUCAGUCAUCUCUGUGAACACCUUGAAUUGGGCUUUGAAACGAACAGGCAACCAGCAACUGCUGCUUUAAAACAGGAGUUCUAGAUGGCACCCCAGCCUGUAACUUGGCUGCUGCGCUCUGGACCAGGGGACAGCCCCACGUAGAGCACAUUACAAUAAUCCAGUCUUGAGCUUACCAGAGCCUCGAGUACAUUGGCCAAGUCAACCUGUCCAAAGCAGGCUACAGCUGGCAAGUUAGCUGGACUCAUAUGCAGCCACCAAGACCAGCCGGCCCAAAGUUGGGUUCCAGAAGUACCCCAGUUCUCUGCACCCACUCCUUCCAAGGGAGUGCAACCCUGUCCAGAGUGGGGCUGCGAGUUUUAAUCUACCGGUCAGCAAAUUUGUGGAGAGCUAAUAAUUAAAUGAUUUUUCUGAAGGGGGGAAAUGUGCACAUGUGCCACACCAGCCACUGGUCUCAGGAGAGGUCUAUCUUCCUCCUAAGAGAGGAUGGUGUCUUGCCACUGGAGAGUUUUGCAAGUACAGUCACACCUUGGAAGUUGAAUGGAAACCGUUCUGGAAGUCCAUUCGACUUCCAAAACGUUUGGAAACCAAAGCUCGGCUUCUGGUUGGGUGCAGGAAGGUCCUGCAGCCAAUUGGAAGCCCCGUCGGGACAUUCGGAUUCCAACGUUUGCAAACUGGAACACUUACUUCCGGGUCUGCGGCAUUUGGGAGCCAAAACGUCCCAAGUACCAAGGCGUUCAGGAUCCAAGGUACAACUGUACUUCUGUUAAAAACUGUGUGCGUUUUGGUGCCCUCGGAAAAGCGUUUAAUAAGUGUUGUCUAUUCAACCUUGAGGCCCUCCUUAAAAGCUGGGGUUUUUUCAGACUGUCAGAACGGAACUUCAUAAAUGGUUUUGCCUGCUGUGCGAGAGGGCGGAAAAAGCUGCCGUGGGUGGGUGUGACCUCCAUCCCAGUCAGACAGAGGUUGUGAUGGUGCAAAAUCGGGCCCUGACCCCUCUCAGGAUGUCCAGAGCAAUGUACCCCCCUUGGCCCUACCAGUGUUUGCUUCUUGUUUGGGGUUGUGCUGGAGAAGUUUUGGGCCUGCACACCUAAUUAUUACAAUGGUACAGUACCCUCUUGUGGCAGUACAGUUUACUGCUGCACAGGCGGUAUAGAGGCUUGUUGAAAGUAGGUCAGCAGAGGGCAGUUCUAUCAGCCAGUAUUUGCUGCACACACUGAAAAUAAAUUAAGAGCUUUAGGACUACUCCUAAUUUGCAGGUUUUAGUUACAUGCGGCUGGCUAAAUCUGCAGGCCUUUUACCGUGAAUGUGCCAGGUUGAAGUUAGUGGACGUAGUGCCCUGUGGCUGUACAGUAUUACCAUUUAGAGAGUGUUUCUUUAAUAGAUUAUGAACCUGACAAUGGAAUGUCGAGGUUAGGCUUGGUUUAUUUUAAUGUCAGUUUGCUCCUCUUUCCUCUACGAAAAUGACCUUUGCACAUUUCUCUGUAAUCAUUAGCACUGGAAGCUUGUGAUACUUUGAGGGUUUUGUUGUUGCUUUUUUAAAAAAAGAGAGAAAUUCUCAUCAGUUGCAGAGAGGUAUCGCUGCUCUAAGUUCCAGUCCAGCUACUAAGCUCCCUUUAGCCAUGUCAACUCAUUUAUGACGAUGGUCGCGUUUUGAGCUAUUGCUUUGGGCUGUAGCAGAACGGCACUGUUCCACAAGCAUUUAAACCCCUUCACCAAAAUUGAGCUUGGCUGUCUUUGGAGUGAGUCUUGAGAUUGCUCAGCAGUGGUUAUUACCUCACCCUCUUACCCCAGCCUGAGAGAAUAGCUUACCUAUAGCCAGUUGUGGCUGGUGCCCAUUGGGACUGGUGGGGAGGAAGGCAAGUGCCCAGCAGGUGGUGGAACCAGUGCCAAUGACAGGCAGAACCAGCUUACUGUAGCCUUGUCCCCAUCCUCCUCCCUGCUUAGUUCUGUGGGGCAACACUGAGGCUAAGGAGGAGGAAGCUGACAGGCAUUGCCACCCAUUGAUUGUAAGGAAGAAGGCAAGGCCAGGUGGUGGGGAUAGCUUAGGUCAGACCGCAGUUGGUGUGGCAGUGCCCCCAUUCACAUUAAUGGACCAGCCUCUGCUGCCUAAAGCCGCAAACGGAAUUCAAAACAGAGGGAAGAUUCCAAGUGGAGAUUUGCGGCUCACAGGUCACGCUCUCCCCUGUUGUGCUAUGUUGCCUCUGGAAUGUGGUGAAGGGUGCAGACCCCGGUGACACAGCACAGUCUUCUACGAUCACUCAGUUGCUUCUUCUCUCUUUCAUCCCCAGCCCCAAAAGCCGACUGAUCCAGUUGAAGAAGGAAAAAUUGGAGUACACUCCUGGGGAGCACGAGUAUGGAUUGUUCCCGGCACCUAUCCACGUGGGUGAGUGGGUUCUCUGUGCAUGCUUUGAAUGCGCCCUGCAUGCGUCCUCUCCGCCAGAGGAAGUGAAUGGCCCCCAGGUUAUCAUUUGGGUACUUGCGAGACAGGGGGUGGGUGCCUGAAUCGAGCCCCAAAGGAGGAAAUUCCUAGUAUGGGUUCAAGAUCCUUGUUUCUGGGCCAACGGACAGCCACUCAUUUGGGGAGGGGGGUCGUGAAACCCUCCUCUAAAAUGCUGUAGGUAAUGUGCAGUCGAGAGGGAUUUUAGAGACUUUAAAGUCCUAGGGGUGCACCGCUUUGCUUUCUUGGGAACAAUGCAAGCCCAUACUAGUCCAAUAUUUGUGUGCUUAGAUUUGUGCUGGAAAUAGGAUUGACAGUUGUACCAUGCGCUGUGGAGUUCAGCUUUCCCACCCCACUCCUGUUCUGCCGCAAGACGGUGGCUGAAGUUACCUUGCACUUUUCAAAGCUUGCUUUGCAGGGGUGACAGCUGAAACUUGGGAACAUUUUGCACUGUAGUGGUGAUCUUUUUGUUUUCCAAUGCAUGUCUUAUCAAUAAAAAAAUUCACUGUGGUGCGAACAAAUUUUUAUUCUUAAAGUGUGGCCCGGAGAAAAAAGUUUGAGAACCAUUUCUAUAGCAGGGUAGCUGUGCUAGUCUGUAAAAGCGAAAAGGCAGAAAGUUCAAGCAUCUCACUUGUUUGUGGAGAGACUCGAGGAGAAAGGUUUAUUUAGUUCCUUUAACUUGAGCAGCCUUGUUAGUGAUCCAGCUUGAGUGUAUUCCAACCCCAGGGACCGUUUUUUUCCUUAUUUAAGGGUUGAGACUUGUUUGUGCCUUGGGCUUGCGCUCCUUCCCCGCCCCGCCCCCCCAAUCCCUCGCCAGGUCACGGCCCUCCAGUUUAUUUGCGCCAGGAGACACAAACAAACAUGUCCUAUUAAGAUAAGGCAGCUUUAAUGACUCUGCCUGGCGUAAAGACAGAGCAGUCUCGCCUCCCCAAUCAUGUUAGGAGGAUUAUUUCUCUGCUGGGCUAACUCCUUGUCUGGGUGCCUCCUUUUAUUGAGGUGGGGGGAGAGGGAGAGAGAGAGAGCACUCCCUACUCUCUGGGCUGGCUGCCAGGCCCUUGAAAGAGCCUUUUGUUUUAGCCAGUGAGGUCAUAGAAGUGAAAACAGAUUCCCAGUGGACUUUGCUGCUUCCUGGAACUCGCCAAGCACAACUUGAGGCUUUGAAAAAUAAGAACAAAUUUUAAGAGCAAGUUGUAAAGACAACAUGACAGCUGCUCUUCUCUCCCCACCAGCCUACCCACCCCCCGCACUAAAAAAUAGUUUUUCAGAAGCGAGAAGAGGUGCCUGCAGCAUCAGAGGAAAGCCAAGGCCAGGGGUGCCCUGCUGACCCCUCUGGGCUUUGCUUGCCUCCCUUUGCUCCCCUUUGCUGUUGCAUCCUAACAGAGGGUGAAAGGUGGCUCUCUCUUCUUUUAAGGCUUAGCAGUUUGUUUUUGUUUGAGCUCAUUUGCCUUGCUUAUCUUGGCAUGGUUCAAACACCGUGAAACUCCUUGCCACCUAAUGCCUGCUCAGACAAGCUUACAUGUGUCUGUUGUCUUGAAAACAUUCAGGUUACAGCUCUGGUGAACCUUCAGAGGAGGAAGCUGGGUAGCUCAGUUGGUUGGAGCGUGGAACUGAUAAAUGCCAAGGUUGCAGGUUUGAUCCCCGUAAGGAACAGCUGCAUAUUCCUGCAGUGCAGGGGGCUGGACCAGAUGAUCCUCAGGGUCCCUUCCAACUCUAUGAUUCUAAGUUAGGAGCUGUAAUCUCUGUUAUCAUUGAAGCUGGGUUGUCUGGGACUUUGAGGUCCGAGCUGAGAAUGUCCUGGUUGGGGACUAAGGCUGUGUGCACAGCAUACAUUUAAAGCACAUUCCCCUCCACCUCAAAGAAUCCUGGGAACUUAGUUUGUUAAGGGUGCUGUGGAUUGUAAACUACAGUUCCCAGGAUUAUUUUGCUGGGAGAGAGGGAGAAUGUGCUUUAAAUCACAUAAUUGUUGAGCUGGAAGAGACCCCAAGUGUUCUGUCGUCACAACCACCUGCAAUGCAGUCAUCACAGCUCAAUAAUCCUUGACAGAUGAUCCUCCAAGCUCUGUUUAAAAACCUCCAGUGGAGGAGACUCCACCACCUUCAGAGGUAGUCAGUUCCACUGCUGAGCAGCUCUUACCAUCAGAAUCUCCUUUCAGGACAUUUGAAUCCAUUGGUUUGGGUCCUACCUUCUGGAGCAGCAGAAUACAAGCUUGCUCCAUCUUCUGUGUGACAGUCUUUCAGAUAUUUGAAAAUGACUAUCAUGUCACCUCUCAGCCUUCUCUUCUCCAGCCUAAAUGAACUCAACUCAACCAUUCCUUAGAAUGUUUUCCAUAUCUUAUCAUCUUGGUCGCCCUCCUCUGCACACCUUCCAGCUUGCCAGUAUCCUUGAGCUGUGGUGCCUGGAACCAGACACAGCAGUGUUGAGCACAGCCUACCAGGGGUCAGCAAACCUUUUCAGCAGAGGGCCGGUCCACUGUCCCUCAGACCUUGUGGGGGGCCGGACUGUAUUUUGAAAAAAAAUAAUGAAUGAAUUCCUAUGCCCCACAAAUAACCCAGAAAUGCAUUUUAAAUAAAAGCACACAUUCUACUCAUGUAAAAACACUAGGCAGGCCCCACAAAUAACCCCAGAGAUGCAUUUUAAAUAAAAGAACGCAUCAUACUCAUGUAAAAACAUGCUGAUUUCCGGACCGUCCGCAGGCUGGAUUUAGAAGGAUUGGGCUGGAUCCGGCCCCCCGGGCCUUAGUUUGCGUCUCUGCAACUUUCAGGGCUCUCUUCAGGGACAGCGGGGAAAGGAUAGUGGCACCCGGGCGGCAUGAAGUCUCUGUAUCUGCCAGGCUUGUUAUAAAUAACUAGGGGUCGGGCCUCCAGUCUUGUCUGAUCAAUACAGUGCAUCAUAUUAUUUUCCCUGGCUUUGCAAGCUAUCAGUUCAAGUGCCACUUUCUGGCAAGCAGCCUCUGGAAACGUGGGCUGGAGCAGUGGAGCACACUCUCCAGGUCUUAGAUUUGCGAGAUGGCUGCUCAUAGCCCAGUCAUUGCUGAACAAAGUGCAUUUGCUCAGCCUGCAGGAAUGUGGACGCUGGUUCUCAGUCCAGGGCUCAGCUGCUCACAAAACGGCACCUUGGUCUGUAAGAAGCCAGCAUGGGUCAUAGAAGAAGAUCAGCCCUAUGGAAAACUAACUCUCAGUGCUGUUGUGGUGUUGUUCUGUCUAGUUUAGAAGCAGGUGUGGAUAUCCUCUUGCCCUCCAGAUGUUGCUGAGCUACAACUCCCAUCAGCCUUCGUAUGCAUGGCCAAGAAUGUUGGGAGUUGAAGUUCCACAACAUCAGGACGGCCAAAGGUCCCCACACCUACUUUAGGGGGAAGAUGGCUGCAGAAAGGACAUGAUAGAGCAGGGCGGAGGAACUUGUGGUCCUCUAGACAUUGAUGGACUCCAAUUCCCAUCUGUGCCAGCUAGCAGGUCCAGUGGCCCAGGGACGAUGGGAGUUGUUGUCCCUUCAGCAUCUUGGAGGGCUGCAGGUUCCCCAGCCCUACAAUUAGAGCUUUUCAAAACCGCACAAGGCAAAGGGAGAACUUAGUCUUCCCUUCUCUCACAUAUAGUGCCUGUUCUUUAGGGUUCCCCAGCGAAACCCGCAGGAGAAAAGUGCUUAUUGACAUUGAUGUGUAGACUUGGCUGCUGCCAGAGAUAGCGAUGGCUCCCCACUUAAAUUGAAAAGGUGGAAUAGGGAAAACUGUGGAGAUGGAGUAGCCCCACCCCAUGGCUGCUAGCUGGGCUGUUCUUAUGAGUACAUGGGUCCUUGCAAAGGAUUAUAAAAAUCCACAGGGAUAGGCUUAUCGGUGGCCAUUUGUCACCAGGGCUAAAAAAGCAUCCACAUUCAGAGACAGCCCCACCAUAUCUGAAUAGCCAUUGGCUAAGGGACAGGAGAGGACUGUUGCCUUGAUGCCCUGCGCUUUCCCAGAGGCGUCUGGUAGGUCACUGUGUGAGGGAGGAUGCUGAAGCAGGUGGUCCCGUGGUCUGAUCCAGCCAGGACCGUUCCGUUCUUCCACUGUUCCUCUUCAUUUCAAUUAAGAGCUGCACCAGGACGAACUUCACUGGUGCAUUUUACACCUGGUUAAUUAGUAUGUGUGGCAGGGACCUUCGUAUUUUCUGCCUCAGUCGCCAAGACGUCUUUGGUCUGCUUCUGCCAGUCAAGCUCUGUUCAUGGUGCAUGUGUUUAGGAAAGAAUAAAUGCACGACUUUUGUAUUUCUUCUUCCCUCCCCCUCCCCCCACUGCAGGGAAAUACCUACGCCAAAAGCGAAUAGACUUCCAGUUGCCUUAUGACAUUCUUUGGCAGUGGAAACAUAAUCAGGUAGGGGACUAUCUUUUUUUAAAAAGUCACUUCCUUCCAAGGCUGCAUUCCAAGAUGCUUGAGGAGAAUCAAAUGGUUUCUGCUGCUGCUGCUGCUACACUGAUACUAGCUGUGCAUUCAGGAGUCUUUUGCUGAUGUUGCAGCUGAGGGAGGAGGCUGGGUGGGUGGGAAUCCUUGAAUAUAUAUUUAAUGCAGACAAUUUCCAUUGCCUCCCUCCAUCCUUCUUCGCCUGCACACACACAUGCACACACAGAGAGAGCGCUGCUUUCAAACUAGCAGCAGUUUUGCUUCUCAGAAAGCGUCCACCCUUAAUCCUACUGGGGACUCUUAUUCUGAUAGUGCCUGCCUGCUUCUGCUUCUGGGAUCUUGUGUUGUUUUUUUGACACGCCUCUGGAGAAUUCAGAUGUUCUGCCAGCAGUGCUGAAAAAUUUCAGGCCUUAUUUUUCUUGGACCCAGUCCCGAGCAAAGAGAGUAGAGGUUUGGUUUAUUUUUGUUAUUGUUAUUAUUAUUGUUAUUAUUCCAGUUAGAAGCUGAUGUUUGGGGGUCAGAAGGAACGCACUGAAUAGCCCGCCUUGCGUUCUUUCUAAAGAGCUCCCUCAUUCGUCCAUGGGCUAGGCUAAAAAUAGGGUGGCAUUCCUUCUGACAAAAGGUUUCCACCAGAGGUUUUGCAGUGGGAUUUUGCCUAGCCUCUGCUCUUACUCCAGAUCAGUGGACUUCAGUGGGCCUAAACCAGGCUUCCUCAACCUCGGCCCUCCAGAUGUUUUUGAGACUACAAUUCCCAGCAUCCCUGACCACUGGUCCUGCUAGCUAGGGAUCAUGGGAGUUGUAGGCCAAAAAACCUCUGGAGGGCUGAGGUUGAGAAAGCCUGGCCUAAACCCAAGACCCACCUUUGACUCACAACCUGCAACAUGGGACCCACUUUCACAUUUUCACUUUUGAUUUAUACAUAAUAAUGCUGAUGCACAUUAUUAAUCCUAAAAUGGUGAUGCACUGAGAAGCAUACCUCAGCAUUACUACUAAAUGAAAAGCAGCGCUCCAGCUCAGGGUUCCAGCCAGCCCUGCCCUCUCCCACUGGGCUCCACACCUGCAUGGUGGGGUUAAUAACACCAGCUUCCCUUUGAGGACUAUUUUUAGGAUUACUGAGGACUAGUGGAUGUGGAGCACUUUGAAAUCCAGGGCUGCGUACACACCCCAUGCAUUUGAAAGCACAUGGCUCUCCCCCACAAAGAAUACCAAGAACUGAAGUUGGUUGAGGGUGCUGGGAAUUUUAGCUUGGAGAAAACUGCAGUUCCCAGGAUUCCAUGUACUGGGCUGUAUGUAUGCAGUCCAGAAGGGACAAUGUGUGUUAUAAUUAAGCAUCUGCUUUUUCCUGUUGCCCACUUUAUUUAGCAGUAUGCUAUAGAAACAAGGAAUUGUUCCCACCCACCCCAUUCUGUUCAGUGAUUCAGCCCCCUCUCUAAAAAUAUAUAUAUAUUUACUAAUUGCAAAGCUUGCAUGGUUUACAGUUUACAUUUCCUCAUUUCGCAUUCCUAACAUGUUGCACGGAAACUCCAUAAUGAGAUCUACAGGCAUCUUUAAGUAUUGUCAAAAGGAGCAGAUAGUAGCUGGUUCCAAGCACGUCUGUCUCUGACAAAACUGGUUUUGGAUUCUGCUUCUUCUUUUUUAGAGGGAAUGAUGUCUUUGCCCCAAAAUAGGCCGUGCUGAUUUUAGUCAAGAAGCUGCAUAUUUGUUGGAUUCUUUGAUAUGGCGCUCGAAACGAGUAUAAGCGUCUGUCUAUUUUUUUUGCUGAACUGCUCCAGAGGUGCUUUAUACUAGGGUUGUGAAAAGGCUUCCCCAUAUAGACAAAGCUGCGAGGCUUUGGGAGCCCCGUGGAUACUCUGGGACCACCUGGUCCUGCAACAUUUCUGAAACUGAAGUUAGUAUAGAGCUGGUUGCUUUCUUGGAUUGGGGAGCCCUACAGUUAAAAUAGGGAAAUGAACAUUGUGGCUUGGGUCCAAAGAUCCUCUUCAGUUGGCAUUAAAGUCUGUUCCACUCCCGUAGCUCAUGGGGGAGCAUUCAGAAUCCUUGUAUCUCCAGGUAGGGCUGCUUGAAACCUUGGGGAGCUGCUGCCAGUCAGUGUCCUAGAUGGACCUGGUGGUCUCACUCAGUACAGUGGUACCUUGGUACUCAAAUGGCUUGGCUCCUAAACAAAUCAGCUCCCAAAUGCUGCAAACCCAGAAGUAAGUGUUCCUGUUUGCAAACGUUUUUUGGAAGCCGAAUGUCCAACACUGCUUCCGCUUGAGUGCAGGAAGCUCCCGCAGCCAAUUGGAAGCCACGCCUUGGUUUUUUAAUGGUUUUGGGAGUCAAACGGACUCCCGGAAUGGAUUAAGAUUGAGAACCAAGGUUCCACUUUGUAAGACAGUUGCCUAUGUUCAUAGAAGGGCUGCCUCCAUGCAUUGCCAGAAAAACGAUGACAACCCAGAGAAGCUCCUCCACCCGUGCAAAGUGUUGUGGAAAACUUUGCACAUACAUAAUUUUAUUUGUAGACCGCCUUUCCACAGUUCAAACCGUGUUCAAGGCGGCUUACAACAUGAAACAAAUGCAUGACUACAACAUAACAAAAGUGGUCAUAAGCAAUAAAUAAAACGUUAAAAAAAUACACAACCAAACUUAAUGGUUUCCAUGUGAAUCACAACAAGAUCUAAAAUAAAGAUACAAAAGAACAACAGCAACAUCUCUCUCUGCAACAGCAACACCUCAGAAAACACCCCAGCUCACGAGUCUGCUCAGCAGUCUCAGCUUUUUGUAGCUGGAGUCAGCCAGGGCUCUCCCCUCCCAGGCCUGGUGGAAAAGGCCUGCCAGGCAGGGAGCAUGUCUUCCAGGACUCCCAGCCAAGAUGUUCUCACAUGCCCUUUUCAACAUCAUCUUAAUGGCCCCCUGGAUUCUAUGUGCCACACCUUUGUAUCUUCUGUUUUUCAUCACAAGUGUAACACACUGAACUGUGGCACUGAACUGCAUGAGGUUUUAGAACAGUGCUAAGAAAUGUUCUCCUUCCCCUCGUGGCUCUUUGGAUCCAGGCCAAUAAAUGUUUUCAUUUUUAAAAAACAAAAAAAUAAGAUCAAAACCUUUCUCUGGUGCUCUUGUAACAAAGGCUUUUCUUCAUUAGGCUCUGUCAGGCAUAAAUCAAACCUUCCUUUCUGGGGAAAAUGCUAAUUUUUAUUCUGCUGUUGUCUUGCAAAGCGAUAAAGAACACUUAUUUCUUUUCUUUCCAGUUGUAUAAAAAGCCAGACGUCCCGCUUUAUAAAAAAAUCCGUUCUAGUAAGUAGCUUUGUGUUUAUAUAGCCCUGGUUUUAUGGUUUCCUCAAUUGUGGAGCCUUGCCAGCCUUUUAUCUCCACUUGACCGCACCCUCUUUGACCUCCUGGCAGUAGCCCCGCUCCUAUGCUGCCGCCUUUUACUCUUUUCUCUAUGGACUGAGGUCAACGGGGUGGGUGAGCCGGGAGAGAGGUUUGUAGACUGGGAGGAGCUCUGUUUCAGAAGUUGAUAGAUACUUUUCACUCCUCCUUUCCCUCUGCAGACGUCUAUGUGGAUGUGAAGCCUCUUUCUGGUUACGAGGCCACGACCUGCAACUGCAAGAAGGCAGAGGAUGGCAACAGAAACGGCUGUUUGGAUGACUGCUUGAACAGGUGAGUUGCAGGGCCGCAACAUAAUUAAUGCUGCAACCGAAGACAUGUCCGUGUGCACACACAGAAUCACUGGAAAUUAAGAGACCUCCUUCUCACAAGUAGCAAGGUGAGGCAGCAUCACGUACUGGGUGCACUAUUUUCAGACUUCAGGGCCCUACAUAAAAAGCCCUGGGUGUCCAAACCCUCACUUCAGCCUUAACUUACACACUGCUAAGCCCUACUCACAGUAGAAUCAUUGAGAUUAAUGGGCAGGUUUAAUUUAGGUCCAUUAAUUUAAGCUGGGAACAUUUUUCAGUUGGAUACAAAACUGCAUACCUGGCCAUGGCUAAUUGUCAGGGUUUUGUUUGAAUGCAGUCCUCCUCCUCCUCCUCCUUAUUUAUUAUUUUUAUGCCACCCAUCUGAUUGGGUUUUAUAAUUUCCAAAAAAUCAUAAAACCACAGUAAAACAUCACUCAUCAAAAACUUCCCUACACAGGGCUGCCUAACCUACCUCGCAGAGUUGUUGUUAGGGAAAUAUGGGUAGCAGAGAACCAUAUGUACGGUGCUGAGCUAGUUGGAAGGGAGCGUGGAUAAAAACAGGUUUUUAAAUAAACCCUGAAAAUGAGCCUCAAGGUUUGUCGGAAAGGCGGCCCCGAUGUUCCUGAUGUUUCCCUGCGCCCACGCUGACAUGCCAGCCUGCCCUCCCUCUGCUUUCAGGAUGAUCUUCGCUGAGUGCUCCCCCAACACCUGCCCCUGCGGGGAGCAGUGCUGCAACCAGCGGAUCCAGAGGCAUGAGUGGGUGCAGUGCUUGGAGCGCUUCCGGGCCGAGGAGAAAGGCUGGGGCAUCCGCACAAAAGAGCCCCUGAAAGCUGGGCAGUUCAUCAUCGAGUACUUGGGAGAAGUGGUCAGCGAGCAGGAGUUCAGGUAAGCCGUGGGCAACGCUGUGGGUGGAGGAGAAGUGUUCGUGGCACAGCCCUUGUUCAGAAGAGCAAGAGGACGGGGAGUAUUUCACCAGCUGCACUGUCCCACGUUGUUCUUUAGGAACCGGAUGAUCGAGCAGUACCACAACCACAGCGAUCACUAUUGCCUCAACCUCGACAGCGGGAUGGUGAUUGACAGCUAUCGCAUGGGCAACGAGGCGCGCUUCAUCAACCACAGCUGCAACCCAAACUGUGAGAUGCAGAAAUGGUAAGAGCUUCCAGAGGGGGUCGCCUUGCUAGUUUUCAUUGCUUUUGCUAUGGCAACAACGGAGCCUUUUAGUACCUUUAUAAAACUGAUGGCCUACGCUUGUGUCCAGUCCCUAGGUGUGUGCAUCUGUGUGUACAGUACUUGGUUUAUUUUAAAGUGCUGCACACAGAACUCUAAAAGAACAGUGUCUGCCUGAAGGUUGGGGUCCCUCUUCUUUCUCCCCUGCCUCACUCUCUGCCCCAGUUCUGAGUAGAGCUGUCAACCAGUUUAGAGGGUGUAGACCAGGGGUAGGCAACCUAAGGCCCCUAAGCGGCCCAUGGGGGUUUAACUGGCCCCCAAGCCGCCCCCGAACCGAGCCGCCCUCUCGGCGAGUCCCCGCGUGCUGCGCUAAACCGGCGCAGCGCAGGGACUCAUUUCCGUGGUGCCGGAAAUCAUGUCUGCGUAGACACCAGAAAUCGUAGGGGCGUGUGCUCACAAUCCGGCCCCGCAGAGGGAUCUCCGCUGGAGUUAACCAGCCCAGGCGAGGUAAACCUUGCCAACCCCUGGUGUAGACGGACACCGUCUCUCAUUCCAGCUGGCCAUCUUAAGAACAGCUGUGUAACUUUUUAAGAUCUGAUGCCUGCUGCUCUGUCAGACCCAGGGAAGCCAUGGUUACAAGCGAACUGAGCCACAAUUCCAGCCCCUUUCCUGGAGCACCGUUUUGGGGGUGGGGUGGGGGAGACAUUGGUUUCCAACUGAGGUAUAAUACGCUUCCAGGACCUGCAAGCACAUCCUCUUCCCUUUCCGCCUGCAGGUCCGUCAACGGUGUCUACAGAAUUGGGCUGUAUGCAUUGAAGGAUAUGCCUGCCGGCACCGAGCUGACUUACGAUUACAACUUCCACUCCUUCAACGUGGAAAAGCAGGUGAGGGUUGCAUCAUCACUCCCAGGGAGGCCUGGGGGAGAAGAGCACAGCUGCAUUUUUAAUUCUUUAGGCUAGUGCCUCCUUAUUGGUACAAGUUGGAGGCGCAAAUGUAUGAGAUGCCCCGUGAGAUCACUUUGAUCACCUGGGAAAUUCUGUUAAUAAUAGCGCAGCACCCUGCAGACUUUCAGGAGACGCUUGCCAAAAAAGGGCCCCUCAAAUUAUAGCAGCCAGUAUACCAAGACACCUCAUUUAAGCAGAUGUAGACACCCUAGAUGCCCAGCUUGACCCCGCCGUUGGCCCUAACAUCUGCUACUGUCGCCCUGCCAGGAGCAAGCAGUAUGGUGGAGUCGGGGAAGGGCAAAGGUGAGGCAGAGGUGCUCGCCCAGCAGCAGCAACGGCAGAAAGCUUCUCACCUGAGAGAAGGAGCCCCAGUUUGCCCAUAUGCAGAGUGGGCAGGCCAAACGCCCAGGAAAUUAAGCACACCUAGCACCAUAAUACAUGCCUCUUAUUUGAACACAGUAACGGGGUCUUAGCUCACAGGACAGUGGCCAUGAGAUCCCCGCAUACACUGUCCUCCAUGAGUGAAGGAUAGAUCCACUCAGGUUGCCAAAGUGAGACAGCAGCUCCAGCACAGUAAACAGAGUAGUCAUCACAAAAAAGGAGGCCAGAAAAAAGGAGGCAGAAACACAGAGGCGCCAACAAGUCCAUUCAUACGUUGGCCCCUGCGGUGUCCCAUCGAAUGGAUGGGACUGUAUGAGCAGGCAGGAGUUGUUGAUGGGUCCUAUUGGCCUGGGUUGCAAGCUUUGCUGAGGGGGCGUGUUUCAAGGUGGGUGUUGUCUCCUUUCUCUUCCAAGCAACUCUGCAAAUGCGGCUUUGAGAAGUGCAGAGGGAUCAUCGGGGGCAAGAGCCAGCGCGUGAACGGCCUCCUGAGCAAAACCAACCAGCCCGUCACUGCCCAGAGGAGGCCGAGCCGGUCCAAAGAGAAGAGGAAAUCCAAGCACAAGUUGAAGAAGAGGGUGAGUGUGCACAGAGCAGGAGGCAGGUGUGGGGGGCGUUUGCCACACUCCAUGCCUACAGUUGCCGCUUGGGUCAGAGGGGGUGAGCGUGGUUGAGAGCUCGUAUUUGGCGUGCAGAAGGCGCCAGGUUCAAUGCCCGGCAUCUCUGUUUUAAAAAGCAUAGUGGGUAGCAGUGGUUUCAUCUAGCGCGGGACCACUUCCUGUGCUCAGUUUGUUGGACUUUUCUUUCAAUAAAUCUGCUUGCUGCUUGUGGCAAUGAUCUAACGCAGGGCGGCCCAACUUUCCAUACCAAGUGUGCCUCAAGAGUACUUGUGACAUGGAACCCAUGGGCCGCACUCUGCCGUGUCGUGUUCGGAGGGCAGGAGAGAGCAAGCCCAGAAUUCGGUGCCCCCUCCCCAGCCCUCAUGCUGCCUUCCCAAAGCUGGGUAAACACUGCACUUGGCUUUGGGGAGGUCUCUAGGACCCUGUCUGAGCCCUCACACCUCCUUCCUGAAGCCCAGUGCCUCAGUUACCUGGCUUUGGGAAGGUAGUGUGAGGACUUGGGAAGCAUCAAACGUUGCCGAUGACCUCCAAAAGAGGCUUGAGGGCAUUGGACCACCCUGAUAUAAUCAUGCAGGAACAGGGAACUUGAUACUCUCUCAGGGGGGGCGGGAUUUGUGCUCCCCCUUCCACGACAUCUCUUCACUCAUGUUAAUGUUGACCAUCACCAGCUGGGAUGCUUCUGUCCACCAUGAAUGUGAUCCCCAUUUCAGCAACUCUUUCAGAUUUUACAAAAUGAGAGUGGGAUGGGAUGCGCAUAUAACACGUGCUUCCUGUUCUGCAUGCUUCUCCACCCAGACCCAAAUCAACCUCCUGUUGGUAAUGAGGGAACAGCAUGGACAUGCCCGUUCCAAUAAUGGUUUUGAAUGAGAGGAACAAAGUGGGGGCCCCAUCUUGCUUCAUGUACUUACCUUAACUUCCACCCUCCCCUCCCUUCUUUAUUAUAAACAUUUAAGCCCUGAAAGGGAAAUAAUCUUGCCUGUGUUGGGCAGCUCAGCUAUACACUGAGUAGGAAUUUGAGCCUGCCUGACCCAAGUUCAGGAUUCUAACCACUGUCUUUUCGCAGUUGGCUUUCUUUGUUCUUGGAUUCUCUUCUCAAGAAGGGUUUGUUUUGUUUUACAGAAGGGUCAUGUUCCUGAGGAGCCCAGUGAAAGCUCAAGUACCCCGACUCGGCUGACACCGCAGCUCCAAAUGAAGCCCAUGUCCAACAGGGAAAGGUGAGGAAGAAGGGCAGCUCCAUUCCCUUGUCUCUUCCCAGCAAGUUUCCCUCCCUCCUACGUUGGGCGCAGGGGGCAUGAGCUAGGUCAGGCUUCCUCAACCUCGGCCCUCCAGAUGUUUUUUAGCCUACAACUCCCAUGAUCCCUAGCUAGGGAUGAUGGGAAUUGUAGUCUCAAAACAUCUGGAGGGCCGAGACUGAGGAAGCCUGAGCUAGAUCUCCCCCAAAGCUUCAUUUUGGCUCAGUUUAUUUCAUUUUGAUUUAAGAAAUUUCUGCCCUCCCUUUUGACAUCAGAAAGUAAGAAGAGCCUAUCAUUAGAGUCUUUUCCAACUCUGAAAUUCUAUGAUUCUAUGAAACUACCACAGGAUGGUUUGCAACAUAAUAACAUAAGCAACUUUAUUUGUUAGAUAUUUUUCUACCCACACUUUAUCAUAUAUAUUUUAACAAAAUAUAUAUACCACUUGAUUGUAAUGAUACCUUGUAAGCGGUUUACAGGAAAUAUUGAAAUUAUGAGUAAAAACAAUAAAUUAUCAAUAAAAACAUUUAGAAAACUGUUAGCAUCAACAGUAAACUAAAGAGAGAUUGAAACACAUCAUCAUCCACAUUUAGACUUGCCCAAACAAAAAUGGUUUCAGCAGGUCUCAUAAGGUCCCAGGGCAGGUUACAGCAAUAAAGUGCACACUUGUAAAACAAAUGAAAUAGUUACCACAGUAAAACAAGAAAAUUGUAAAAACAAACCGAAACAGUUCCAUGUAUUGAAAGCAGUGCAAACAUUUAAAAACAAUUCCAUAUAUAAGAACAGUUAAGAUAGUCCCAGUACAGAUGCAGACUGUUUGCAAAUACAGGACAAAAAUAUGCAUGCAGUAUUCUCUCUCCCUAUCUCUACAUAAAAACCUGUAUAUAUAAUUUCAUAAUUAUUGCUGAUAAUAAUCAGUAAUACAUGAUAUCCGGUAAUGCACAGUGGUACGUAAUACAUGAUGGGCAAUACUUAACAAGCAGCUGUGUGAAAUUAUUCACACCUCAUGCCAUCCCACAAUUGAGAAAGCUUUAGCUAUGACUUUGCACAAUGUUCUAAAACAUGGUUUGCAAACGGCCGGCCAAUAAGGAUUUUUAAAAAAAGUGGUUUGGUGAGAUGUUAGAAUUGACAAGCCACAGACUUGUUGCUGCCUCCCCAGAGACAACUGCGUUAUAUAAAAGCUGAAUGGGUGGGGAAAUGGAAGCAGACAAGCAGGUCUAAAUCAUGGCUUUAUUAAGAUGCUCAGGCUGUGAUUAUGUGUUCCGAAUCACGAUCAGAACGAAUCAUGGAUUGGUAGGUCUGAGUCGAGCCUUUCUACAGAAAUGGCCCAACCCUUGCUUUUAACCUGUGUCUCCCUGGCAUCUGUCUGAUGCUUCCCCUGCUUGGUCUCUAUUCCUGACCCUUCCUCCUCCUCCUCUUCCCAUUCUGAUCUCAUGUAGAUUCCAACCCCUUAGGGCAGGGAUCUCUCACUACUAUGCUGUGGCGAUGUGCUGCAAAUAUCCCGCAGCAGCCAACCUUGGAAGGUGAAGAAAGCCUUUUAUUUCAGCACCCACCUCUUCUCUUCCCCAUCCCUCAUCUUUAUUUGUGCUUCCCCAAGGAAUUUUGUGCUGAAGCAUCAUGUUUUCUUGGUGCGCAAUUGGGAGAAGAUCCGGCAGAAGCAAGAGGAGGUCAAGCACGCCAGCGACAACCUUCAGUCCGCCUCGUUAUACACCCGCUGGAAUGGGAUGUGCCGGGAUGAUGGCAAUAUAAAAUCUGGUCAGUGCCCCUGUUGCAACUGGUGUGAAUCUCCCAGCCUUUCUCCAUGUCUCCUGGAUAAGCGAUAAGCAUUCCGUGAACCUUAACCUUUCUGAAAUCAGUCUUGCAAAAAGUUGCCAUCCUGUCUGUCUCAGAUAUUUGUGACCUAAUGAACCAAGCUUGAACCUCCUUUUCCAAGUCACCUAAAAGCGAUUCUGCCUUGCCACAAGCAACUGGACAAGCAGUGCCCUGACCACAUUUUACCCUUUGCGUUGCAUUCAACUAAAAUUUGAUAUCCAGCAGCAGUGGCAUGAUAUAUUCAAAGCCCCCACUCUGUACAAUGAGAGUUGCUGGUUUUUAAGUCCCUCAGACAUACAUGUUGUUCAGAGGAGAGGAAAUGGGAAGGUAGCUCAGUAGCAGAUCAGGAAGUCGCAGGUUCUCUAGUUAGCUGCCUCCCAGUAGGGUUGAGAGAGACGGAAACCCUGGAGAGCUGCUGCUUGUCAGCGCAGACAAAACCAAACUAAUUGGGCCGGUUGCUUCCUGUGUUCCUGCGGGCUUCGACUAAAGAGGCAUCUCUUCCUCCCUUCUCUUUUUCAGAUGUCUUCAUGACACAGUUCUCUGCCCUGCAGACUGCCCGCUCAGUGCGGACACGGCGGCUGGCUGCGGCCGAGGAGAACAUCGAAGUGGCGCGGGCCGCACGCCUCGCGCAAAUCUUCAAGGAGAUCUGCGACGGGAUCAUCUCGUACAAAGGUGAUGGCUGCCAAGGAGCUGAUCAUUUGACAGGCUCCACAAUCCUGUGUUGCUGGGUUUCCAGAGGGAGGAGAGCUUGAGUGUAGGAUUUCAGGGGUUCAGUGAUGAGUGGCUCAUGGGUGAGAGCAGGAGCUACUUUGGGGGAAGGCUUUGCAUCCCUGGCAUCUUCAGAUGGGACUGGGAAGGACCCCGGUCUGAAAAGCUGCAGAACUGCUGCCCAGCCAGCAUCAACAGUGACACUGAGUGAGGUGGACCCAGUGGUCUGAUCCUGUAUUAGGCAGCUUCCCAUACACUUCCUUGGCUUUUGCAGUAUUUGCUCCAUUAAACUGUGGGGUGGCCAACCUCUGUCUCUCGUCCGUCACCCAUGAGGACUGUCAAGUGUUUGAUACACAUGCUGCUCCCACCUCCUUAGUCUUGAAUUGUAAAGAGCUGUAGCAGAAGGGGCUCGAGGUCUAGAAGUAGUGGACAGAAUUUGAGGGAGGGGGAAAGGGAGUACACAGCAGGUGGAUAAAAUUCACCGGAACACCAGAAGAGCCUGGCUGCUGGAUCAGACCAAAAGGCCCAUCUAUCUCGCCGUGGCCCCACCUGAGCCCCCAAGAAGGGCAUGAACUCGAAUAGCACUUGCCACAAGGGCCCCUUCUAAGAAACUGUAAAUUGCAUUGCCUCUUGAUUUCGGCUUGUGAUGUAGCUGUGACUUAGGCAAGUCAGGGUCUCAGGGGCAUGUGUUUCUUUCCCACAUAUAGUUCCUCAUAAUUUCUCCUGCCAAAUAACGCCCACCCACCCCAAAAACUGCCCAAGACCAACCACACUGUAAAACCCCUGUGGCAACUGCUCUGCAUCCUUCUGCUUCCGUUACAGAUUCCUCCAGACAGCUGCUUGCAACUCCUUUGCUGAAUCUUCCCCCGAAGAAAAAGUAGGUUUUUAGCAUUCUCAAAAGGGGGAGUGGUGGAGAAUCUGUGAUUUUACAAAAGAGGUUUCAUGUCAUUCCUCAAAUACGGGCUUAUUAGUAACCUUGCACAUUCCCUCCCCCCCCCCCCCGCCUGGUUUAGAAACGCAGAUUACUAUGAGAAGAUCUCUGACCCCCUUGAUCUCACCACCAUCGAGAAGCAGAUCUUGACAGGCUACUACAAAACUGUGGAAGCUUUUGACGGCGAUAUGCUGAAGGUCUUCCGCAACACUGAAGUGAGUUUGCUGUUGUGUUGGGAGAGGAAGGCACUUGGUUCUAGCCGAGGGUCCCAGCUGGUCCUUUGAGAGUCGAGAUGUAUUUAUUAAUUGCCUUGCAUACAGUUCUCUGAAAUGCUCAAGUUCUGGGCUGGAGGCCUUGCGACACCAAAUAACACAGUAGAGGAAGGGCCUCAGGAGAGUGGCAGAGGAGGAGAGAUGUCCUUUUUCCUUUCCACCACCCCACUCCUGAGAACCCCACCUAACCCCAGUGAACUCAUACAACUCCCAUUCGAGGCUGGGCGGAGUCUUGAAUCAGAAGCCACCGCCCUUGCAUCUUGCGGAUAUGCUGUAAUGUUCCGUUGCAGUGCCCACUUGUUACUUGCAAUGGAAGAAAAUGAACCAAGCUGGGAGGGACUGGUGGGUAGGAAGGAGAAAUUGAUGGGACCGGGGCAGGGGGCGCCUACGUCAGAGUUUUAUGGCGGCAAAGAUUGAAGCAGAAAGGGCAUUUCAGUGGGGCUGGGAAAGGCUCUGAGUUUCUGGACUUUUGUCUCCUGCUCAGAAGUACUACGGCAGGAAAUCCCCGAUUGGGCGGGACGUCUGCCGGCUGCGGAAGGCCUACUACAACGCCCGCCACGAGGCAGCUGCCCAGAUCGAUGAGAUCGUCGGAGAGACGGCGAGCGAGGCGGACAGCAGCGAGACCUCCAUGUGCGAGAAGGAGAGCGGGCACGAGAAGGACGAGGACGUGAUCCGCUGCAUCUGUGGCUUGUACAAGGAUGAAGGGCUCAUGAUCCAGUGCGACAAGUGCAUGGUGAGGGCAGGUUGUGCGCUCCUCUCCCUCACAAGACGGGGCUACGUUCUUGCUGCAGAUGAGAAACGUGCUCACAUGUAGCCCCUGUACCAGGCCCUGUUCUGUCAAAAAGCAAGGUCCAGACCAAUGGCUGGAUUCCCUCCUCUAUAGCAGCCUGGUACUGGUGGGCCAGAGAAAUCCGAAACUAUUAGAACAGAGGUGGGCCCCCUGAGGCCCUUCUUCAUGUGCCUCCUCCACAAGAGGGCUGGAGGGUAGCAACAUGGGAAUGGGCCUUUUCUGUGGUGGCUCCCCAUUCGUGGAACGCUCUCCCCAGGGAGGUUUGACUGGCACCUUCAUACACCUUUAGGCGCCAAGUAGAAAUUUCCUCUUCAACCAGGCCUUUGGCUAAUUGACAUCCAAUGCCCUUUUAAAUGUGUUGUGCGAGGGAGCAUUAUUGGUUUGUUGAUGGUCUUACCUUUACUAUGAAUUUUGUAGUUUUUAUAUUGUAAUUUUAUGUUGUGAACCACCCUGAGAUCUACGGGUGAAGGGCGGCAAAUAAUAAUAAUAAUAAUAAUAAUAAUAAUAUAGAAUGAGUCAGAUAACUGGCACAUAUGAGUCAGUAUUUUCUACUCUGCUUGACAUUGACUCUCUGGCAUCUCAGGCAGAGAGCCUUAUCCAUCCCUGAUAAUCUCUGAUUUUAAGAUGCUGUUACAUUGUUUUUAGGCUGCAUUAUUUGAGUUAAAAAAUCUUAAAACUGUUCAGAAAUGCUUUAAAAUAAAUAAAACUCAUCUUCUGAUGCUUUGGGGUGGAUCUCCUUUUCUGAUGUGUCUAUUUUCUCCUGUAGGUCUGGCAGCACUGUGACUGUAUGGGGGUGAACUCUGACGUCGAACACUACUUGUGUGAGCAGUGUGAACCUCGCACGGUGGAUAGGGUAAGCCACCUUCGCUUGCCCAGAACUGGGCAGGGUGACUUUGAAACCCUCACGCCAUUGGCCUCUUUAUUUUUCACACAGCCGGGCUGUUUCAGUGGCUUUCUCCUCUAAGGAAGCCUGGGAAUCAUAGCCCUCCAGCGUUCAAGUGUUCUUCACAAAACCACAGUCCCUAGGGUUCCAUGGAGGGUGCAGGCUUUAUUAGUGCUACGUCCGCAUUCAUCUUGGUUUCUAAGCGUAGUCAGGAUGACAAGACUUGUCAACGCCUUUUGCCUUUUUCUUUCUCGCAGGAGGUUCCUAUGAUUCCCCGACCUCAUUACGCCCAGCCUGGCUGCGUUUACUUCAUCUGUCUGUUACGGGACGAUCUGUUGCUACGUCAAGGUGAGUGUGUUGACUUCCUGGGGGGCGGGAGGGAAAUUCAUAAUAUUCAAAGUUUUUAAGAAGGCAGCCAAAACAGGUUGUAGCCAAGCAGAAGCAUAGGAACAUAAACUAUACAUAAAAAUAAUACAUAAAGAUAAAAACUUGACCUAUACAAUAAAUAAAGCUUACAUAAAACAGGAACCUUAAAUCUCAAGGGCAGUCACAUAGAUUGUCUAAUUUUAGCAGCCUUCUCUGCAAAUUUAGCUGCGUUGAACAUUACAGACUAGUCCGAACCAGACAACAGAUACUGAAUCCUAUCCAUAUUACUGAGGAUUGGAGUCGCGGCUGAAGAUUUCUAGGUGUUUCAUACAAUUCACAGUAUAGCAUAGAGUGCCCGGUGCCCUCUCCCUUCCAGGGACUACCUCAAACACAAAAGCACUAAUUCUGGGGAUUUGGAUUAAUUAAGAGGCAGCCGAGAGAGUCCUUUGGGACAUCCAUCCCCUCUCUCGUGACUGCUGUUUGUCAAGGUGCUUGAGCCUGCCUCGCUCACUGAUUCAGGGUAUCAAAAUUAAAGGUGAGACAUUAAGCGAGUUAGAAAUCUUGGGUCACCUAAGCACUGGGGCCACCUGGUCCGACUGGCAGCAGCUCUCCAGGUUGUUUCCUCAGCCUCUGAAAUCGGGGCUCUGUGGUGGUAGUUGGGUAGGAGAAAGGGAAUUAGGCAGCUUUUAUGGAAUCUCAGAAUCGUAGCGUCAGAAGGGACCCCAUCUUGUCCAGCCCCCUUGCAAUGCAGGAAUCUCAACUAAAGCAUCCAUGACAGAUGGCCAUCCGACCUCUGCUUAGAAACCUCCAAGGAAGGAGAGUCCACCACCUCCCGAGGGAGACUGCUCCACUCAACAGCUCUUAGCCACAAAGACUAAAUGGGCCACCCCUGUUCAUUGGCAGGAUGUCUCUGAAUGCUUAAUUGUUCAAAACCAAACAGGGGAGACCCAUUGCCCUUAAGCCCCUGCUUUGUGGGCUUCUAGUUAGCCACUAAAGGAAACGGGAUGCUAGACUGGACAGAAGCUUGGUCUGAUCUAGCCGGCUUCCUAGCUGGAGACGCCAUUUCAGUGAACCUGGCAGUUCUUCUUGCACGCAGCCCAUGCUUGCAACUGCUGAGCCACCUCUGCUACCGCCACUCAGUUUGUUAGGCUUCUGUAAAUCCACCCUGCUGGGAUAUGAGAAAGCCGCUCUGAUACGCCCUUCCUCACCCCAUCAACAGGUGACUGCGUGUACCUGAUGAGAGACAGCCGAAGGACCCCGGACGGCCACCCUGUCCGGCAGUCGUAUCGCCUGCUCUCCCACAUCAACAGAGAGAGACUUGACAUCUUCCGUAUCGAAAAGCUCUGGAAGAACGAGAAGUAAGUCCCAGCCCCACCUUGCUUUAUAAAAGCGGAGCUCCAUCUCACUGACCUUUGGUGGGAGACCAGCCACAUUGGACUCCGUCAAAAACGUGUCAUCAGAGAAUUUUCCCAUCCCCGUCCCUCCCAUGCAUGAAAGUAGCAGGUGGUGGCAGUUCAUGAAGCUGUAAGAUUUUCCCACCUCUUUUCCUGUCGUGAGCAAACUAAAGAGGUGGGUAACCUAUAACUAACACACACACACACACACAUCAAAUGUUGCUGGACUCCCAUGAUCCCCAGCAAGAAUAGCCAGCUGCAGUUGUAAGCCAGCAAGACCUGGAGGGUUGGAGGACAUCAUUCAUUGGGUGACAUCAUUCUCCUCCUUUGGCGGAUGUGUCCAAUGCAGACAGGAGGUUCAGCUAAGCCCUGUCUCCAGAGACCAAUGAGAGGUUCACAGGAUGUCGUCAUGCUCCUCCACUAGUGUGCUCUUACUGCAUUGAGAAAUGGCUGCAGUUCAGAUCUUUAUCUUCAGUCUUAGGCUUGGCUGGUCUGAACUUCAGCACUCAUCACCCAUAAAUAUAUUUGCUAUUAUAAUAUAUAUUUAUAUACUUAUGCCACCACACACACACACACACACACACACACACACACACGUGUGUGCCAUCAAGUUACACGAAAUAUUAUGGUGCAUGUACAACAAUCUAUACAAGUUCGGAAAAGCAUAAAAUGCCAUAAAAGCCAAAUCAUUAAAAUGAAUGGCUAAUCAAGAAAGUUUAGACAGCUGUCUAAAUCAUUCAGCAUAAAAACAUCUUUGAGAGAUGCCUAAAAGCUGAAAAGUAGGGUGCCUGCCAAAUCUCUGCUGUAAAAUUGCAUUUUUCCGCAUGGCAAUGAUCAAUUCCCAGCUUCUAGUUGAGGCCUGGCAACGAGUACACACUUAAAACUUAAUUAUAUUUAACAGCGAUCGUAUUAAGCUCCUCCGUAAACACAGAUUCAUUUACAGGCAACCAGGAGGGAGAGGAAUAAAAGCCAAGCUCCCUUACUGAGGUCACCUUGGGUCUGGCUGGGACUCUCAUGAGUCAGUGCUCCAUCGUCAGCAUCCAAACCACUUCUCCUCUCAGCUCACCUAUUGUGUCAGAAUCCCAGGGCUUGUGACUGUCAGCCUAGCAAAAGGGAGCAAAUUCUGUAGAGGACGGGGAGGAAGAAGAAGAAGUGUGUGGGUGCGUUGGGUCUGUCAUCUCUACUCCAAUGGAAACACCUCCUUCCUUUUUUCCUCCUUAUAUCAGGGAGGAACGGUUUGCCUUCGGCCACCACUAUUUCCGUCCGCAUGAAACGCACCACUCCCCCUCCCGGAAGUUCUACCACAACGAGCUGUUCCGGGUACCGCUGUACGAGAUCAUCCCCUUGGAGGCCGUGGUGGGCACCUGCUGCGUCCUGGAUCUCUACACCUAUUGCAAAGGCAAGUCAACACUCCCGGCGGCCUGGAGCCACUUGGUUUUUCUCUCCAGGGGGACCUAUGAUCCCAGGCUGUUGUGCUCCCCAGCACACAGUGCCAGGUGUAAAUAGGUAAAAGCUCCUGUUGGAGCCCUGAAAUACCCCUUCGGCAGCCUGUACACACUCUUCACAGUUCUGGUUGUGUCCUGUCUAAAAAGGAGAUGCUAGAGCUGGGAAAAGUGCAAACCAUAGAACAAUAGAACCAUUAAGAGUCAUCUAGUCCAACCCUCUGCAGCGCAGGAAUAUUUUUGCCCAAUAUGGGGCUUGAACCUGCAACCCUGAGAUUAGGGAACAACAAAGAAAUGAUUGGGGCAAAGAUGAGGAUGAUCAUCUUCCUCACAAGGAAAUCCAAAGCGUUUUUUUUUAACGGUCAGAGAGGAGGCGCCAUCAGAGGUUUAUAAAAUUAUGCAGUGUGGUGAAAAUGAAUAUAGAGAAGUGUUUUUCUUGCCCUGCUGCUUCGAGCUGCAGAGGGUCACACAUUUAAAUCAGUCUUGACGGUAAAGGCCAACGAAGGAGGAUUCUGGACCAGACAGGCGGUAUCCGCCUAAAAUUCACAGGAGGAUCGUUGAAAUUAGUGGAGCAAAAGCUGUUCAUGCCCAUUAAUUUCAGUGGUUCUGCCACCGUAUCUGGUGAUGGAUGGUGGCUCUCAGGUGACAUUAAAAUAAGAUGGCUGGUAGACCUCUGUGAAGCUUCUGUCAACAGCUGCUUAUAGCUGUGAUGAUUGAAUGGAAUCGCUGAACGCCAGUUGCUGAGAAGAGGGGGUGGAGGACACAGCCCAGAGGUUGGCAACCUAAAGCCCAUGGGCCAGAAGCAGCCCAUGAGGGUCGCUUAACUGGUCCAUGAGCCACCCCCAAACUGCUUGGUGAGUCCCCACGCGCUGUGCUAAACCGGCACAGCGUGGCAUGGGGACUUCCUUCCACAGCUCCAGAAAUUGCUUCUGCGCAUGCCCAGACGCUGGAAAUCGCUUCUGCACAGGCGCGAUUUCCGGUGUCUGGGCAUGUGCAGAAGCAAUUUCUAGCACCGUGGGCAUGUGCAGAUGCGAUUUCCAGUAUCUGGGCAUGCACAGAAGCAAUUUCCGGCGCCGCAGACAUGCGCAGACGCGAUUUCCGGCGUUGCACUGCGCCAGUCCGGCUCACGAAGGAUCUCCGCGGGAGUGGUCUGGCCCAUGCCCAGUAAGCCUUGCCAACCCCUGACACAGCCUUUUGCCUUCAAGCUCUGCCUCUGGUCUUCCCAGGAGCGUCAACUUGGGCCUCUGUAGAAAACUGGCUGCUGGGCCAUGCGGACCCUUUUGGUCUUCUCCAACAGCACACGCUUAACUCCCGUUCCCUGUAGAACACAGACCACAGAAAGCUGCCUCAUGCCGAGUCAUUCCUUUUUGCAUCUUACUCAGCGUUGUCAACCCGUUGACUGGCAGCAUCAGCAGCUCUCCAGGGAUUCAGGCAAAAGUCUCUCUCAGCCCUACCUGGAGAUGCCAGGGAUUGCACCUGGGACCUUCUGCAUGCAAAGCAGAUGCUCUGCGACUGAGCUGUGGCCCUUCCAUACGUGUACCUGUGCAAGGUUCACUGCUUUAGCCUAGGCGCCAGCACCUGCAGGAGGAAGGCAGUCCUUGCUGCGUCUGUGUGCUGAGGGUUAAGUGAGCCAGUUUUAGCUACUCGCCAGGCAGACACACAGAGCAGAAUUACCUGCCCUCGGAUGUGGCUAACCUGAAAGCGAAUUGUGCUGAAAACCAGAAGGUUGCCCCCAAAUUCUUCACCACUUCCACAUGCUAAACCUUCAUUUGGAGGUAAGAAUAAAGAAGGAGUUGUUUUUCUUUUUAAAUGCGGGGACAAACAUUUGCUUCCGUCCAGGGAAAGUUACAGUAAUAAGGAUUAAAAGGACAAUAUCCUGCAGUUUUGUGAGGGUGGCAAGUUCCUUUAGUUUUUAAAAACCCUCUCCAGCCCUGCCAGGAGGAAUUUGGAACAGCUAAGCUCCGUAGUCGUGCUUAUUUUGAUUCUUGGCACGCUGCCUCACCUGAUAUUCUUGCUGUGCCAAACCUCCCUACAGGAAGGCCAAAGGGGGUGAAGGAGCAGGACGUCUACAUCUGCGACUACCGCCUCGACAAGUCAGCCCACCUUUUCUACAAGAUCCACCGGAACCGCUACCCAGUCUGCACCAAGUCCUACGCCUUCGACCACUUCCCCAAAAGGAUGACGCCGAAAAGAGACUUCUCGGUGAGCGGCUCCACGACUUCUCUCUCUGGCAGUGAGGGGAAUCCUAACCCACAUGCUAAAACUCUGCUUUCAUUUAGUUUGUUACAAGCGAACAUCAGUAACCACAAACUGGUUGUUCCUACGGACACAAGGGUGGAAUAAUAAGGUUAAGCCACAGGCAACUCCAAUCAGAGCAUCUCUCUUAAGUUGCCACCCUUUGCAGGAAGCUGCCAUCUCCUGGAUGAAUUCAGACCUGAUUUCCUUUGACUUCAGAUCUGAUUUCCUUUGCAGCAGUGGCAGAGUGGGAGGCUCUUCCAAGCUGUACAUUGAUAAGCACCUGCGUUAUAGCAUAAUCACAUUCCUCCCCCCUCAAUUCCACGUACUUUCCCACUGAGCGUCAAGCAAAAUAACCUAAGAUGCCAGCUCUCAUGCUGCUGAAUAUAUAGGGUGGAAUUAAAGAGGAGCAUGGGAAUCUGCCCUCUACCAUGUCAGAUGAUUGGUUCAGUUGUGAUUGGUUCAGCUGUGUUGACACUGAUUGACAGCAGGUCUCCAGGGAGCCUUUCCUAGCCCUACCCGGGGAUUUGAACCUGGGACCUUCUGCAAGGAAAGCAGGUGCUAUUUCUCUGCGCUUACAGCAUUAAGCCUCCUCUGAACUUUCACUUGGUUCUCUUUUACUCCUCCAUUGCAGCCUCAUUAUGUACCAGACAACUACAAGAGGAAUGGAGGCAGGUGAGUCGCUUUAGCUUCUUUUGGCUCCUUUUUUCCCCUUAUUCUCUUUUUUAGGGCCUUCAGUGUGGUGGGUGCUUCUGCAGAGACCUUUUUGGAGCUCCUGCUCUCAGUUGCUUAACUGCAGCACAAAUGGCACUUCCCUUGCCUUCCUUUGAGUUAGACAGGAUGGGAGCAAGAGCAGCUUAGCUUGCCUGCGACACUUAAGCAGUACAGAGAAGGCAUCCUGCAAGGCCGCUAGCAGAAGGCUGAGACAGCAUGCAAAUGGAGUGUGGUGCUCCCUCAGUAGAGAUGUCUCUGGGCAGUUCAGGGACAGGAUCAUAGAAAGAGGGGCUUUGUCCCUCAAUCCCCACCCCCUGCAAAGCUGAUAGGAUGGUGGUAAUAAAGUGGGGCAUGCCAUAACCUAGGAUUCCCACAACUCCCAGAACUCAGGGUCACCAGUGGAACUUGGCAGCAAGUUGACAGCAAGCAAAAGAAGGUGUUUUCACUAUACUUGUUUAAAGGAUGUUUGCUCUGCUCUUGAGCAAAUUUAAAAAAAAAAACUCCGAGAGCAGUAGUGAGGCAGCCACUCUCAGAGGUCUGGAAAAAAAUCACUGCUCCAAAUGGAGCAGAAGUGACACGUGUGUGUGUGUGUGUGUGUGUGUGUGUGUGUUCGUUCCUCCAAGCCCCACUCCUCAGUGUGCUGUUCCUCUGAGGAUCAGCUGCCGCCUUAUACAGAGUGAGACCAUUGACUCCUGUAGCCUGGCAUUGUCCACAAGGACUGGCAGUGGCUCUGCCAGGUUUCAUGCAGGGGUCUCUCCCAGCCCCACCUGGAGAUGCCAUUGGGGUUUGGAGUGUUUUCAAUGCAAAAGCCCAGAGUGCUGUACUAAUAAUAAAUAAUAAUAAUAAGUUUUAUUUAUACCCCACCCUUCCUGGUCAGGGACAUGGGUGGCACUGUGGGUUAAACCACAGAGCCUAGGACUUGCUGAUCAGAAGGUCGGCGGUUCGAAUCCCUGCGAUUGGGUGAGCUCCCGUUGCUCGAUCCCUGCUCCUGCCAACCUAGCAGUUCGAAAGCACGUCAAAGUGCAAGAAGAUAAAUAGGUACUGCUCCAGCGGCAAGGUAAACGGUGUUUCCAUGCGCUGCUCUGGUUCUCCAGAAGCGGUUUAAUCAUGCUGGCCACAUGACCCAGAAGCUGUACGCCGGCUCCCUCGGCCAAUAAAGCGAGAUGAGCGCCGCAACCCCAGAGUCGGCCACGACUGGACCUAAUGGUCAGGGGUCCCUUUACCUUUACCUUCCUGGUUCAGAAAACUGGGCUUAGGGCGGCUAACAACAAAUUUAAAACACUACUGAGACACACACACUGCUCACAGCCUGAAGUAGUGCAGCCCAGAAUUUUGCCGCUUCAUUUCUGUGCAGUGCCUUGAAAAGGUACAUUCUUGAUUGGAUUCUGUGACCUCUUAUGUAGGAAGACUGGGGGUAUGUGGCGGGGGGAUUGCCUCCCAAACAUGACCCUUUCAGAGAUCUAGAGAGGAAGGACAGGGAGCCCUCAGCACAGAAGGAGUGCAAGCUGCAGCAGCAGUGUGCAUCCCUCCCGUGUGUGUGUGUGAGAGAGAGGGAGGACCAUGUUGGAAAGUUCUCCCCCUGACAUGUGGCUUGACAUCUCCUUUCUCAGGUCAUCUUGGAAGUCUGACCGUUCCAAGCCCCAGAACAAAGACCUGAGCCAAGAGGAGGACCCCCUGCCGCUGAUGGAAGACGUGAUCGUGAGUCAGGACCAGGCUCCCAGCGAGCCGGCGCCCAGCCUGGAGGAGCCAGAGAAAGAGGCACCUCCCCAGGAGAGUGGCGAGGUAGAGAAAAAGGUGGAGGAGAGCAGCCCCGUCCCCAGGCGGCCCUGCACCCCGGAGGAACGCAGGCACAUGCAGCGAGAGAGGCUCAACCUCAUCCUCCUCACCCUCCUAGAGAAAAUCCCAGGGAAAAAUGGUAAGAGGCGAGAGAGCAGCCCCCCUUCUUCUCCCCCCCCCCAUUCCCCUCUCCAGAAACCUCUUUUAAAGUUAGAGGAUUGUUAGUAAUGUGUAGCUCCCAACUUUUUUGGGAGCGGGGGAGCUUGAGUAAAGCAGUCCAGAUAAUCAUCACACCAAAAGCUAGCCCAGCUGGUAAUAAUAAUAAUAAUAAUAAUAAUAAUAAUAAUAAUAAUAAUUUAUUUAUACCCCGCCCUCCCCAGCCAAGACCGCGCUCAGGGCGGCUAACAACCAAUAAGAAAAAUAAUUUGAUUAAAAUACAACUUUAAAAACAAGAUUAAAAUACAACAUUAAAACAUUAAGAUGCAGCCUCUUCACAGGAGGAGAAAGGAAAAAAGAAAGAGGGGGGGAGGGAAUCAAAUUGAUUCUAAGCCCAAAGGCCAGGCAGAACAAUUCUGUCUUACAGGCCCUGCAGAAAGAAAUCAGAUCCCGCAAGGUCCUGGUCUCAUGAGACAGAGCGUUCCACCAGGCCAGAGCCAGUGUUGAGAAGGCUGUGGCUCUGGUUGAGGCUAAUCUGACUUCCUUAGGGUGUUGCUAUUUACGGACCUUAAGGUCCUUUGUGGUACAGAGCAAGACUGGUGGGGGGCAUGGCCUGAGGGAGAGAGGCGUCUGCCCUCUGGGUCUGAGGUUCUUUACCAAGUAGCAAAGCAUCUUUCUUUGGUUCCAAGAGCGUUAGCUCUCCAAGUCCACACUGUUAUUUUUCUUUGGUCUCUUCCAGCCAUUGACGUCACGUACCUGCUAGAGGAAGGUUCGGGGAGGAAGCUGCGGCGGCGCACUCUGGUUCUUCCCGAGAGCAGCUUUCGGAAGUGA